UUCUUCUCCCUCUCUCUCUCGAAGCAGAGCAGGGCUGGUGGCUGUUUCAAUCAAAGGGAAGGCAGAGAGGGAAGGGAGGCUCUGCGGGGUGAGAUGUAAGAUGGCAGAGCUACAAAUGUUGUUAGAGGAAGAGAUUCCGGCCGGCAAAAGAGCACUCGUGGAGAGUUACCAAAAUCUCACCAGAGUAGCAGACUACUGCGAGAACAAUUAUGUCCAGGUAAGAGAGUUAUCCUCCGAGCUGCUUUUGUCACGAAAAGCUCGGGAUUUGAAUGGUUGUUGGGACAGGAAAUGUGGAUAAAGAAACUGCUCAGCUUCGAGAGCUUUGUUACAACAGUUUGGUGCUUUUACUGACCGUGGGAGAUUCGAUCACCUCUUAUAUGUUUGGACCCGUUUACAACAUUUAUCCUGUUUAUACAGAGGGUGUGUCGACUUUUCUUUUUAUUAUUUCACCGGGUCAAAACUGCUUCCCACUCUCACUGCUGAUAAGAAGAAGGCCCUGUGGGUUUUUACUCGUCAAACAAGUUUCAACCGUCUUUAAAAAAAAAAAGAUUUGUUUUCAUUUACAUGGGAAAGUUGAAGCUGUUAGUUCGUGUUAAUGGAUGCUGACACAGCUCAAAAAAACACAGAGGGAAAAUAAAUGUCACACUCAAACCAUAACAUUAAUAUUAAAGUAACAUGGCAGUCCAUUACACUCCAUAUGGUCAUUAAACUCACCAUUUAAUACCGCAAAAACAGUUUAACUCCCCAUUGGGAUACUACAGUGAUAUUACAUUAUUGAAAGUAGACAUUAUGAGCUUGUGCAGCAGCUUUUACUGGAGCUGCACUAUGUUUUUUAACCCUUAAACAAUUCAGAAUGCAACAUUAAAGCAUGCAGCGUGCAUGGAGAUGUGCAGAAGACCAGCUGUAGAAGACAGGAGGGUUUAUUUGAGGUGCUUCAUCUGCAGGAGUGCAGCUGGGAGACACAGGGAGGAAUGUAAGGCGAUUGUUAGUUGGUCAAUAAAUGUUAGAGAUAUUGAUUUUUCUCUCCCUGAACUUACUCAUGGGUGCAGGGCUUGGUUUUCUCUUCACACACAUUCACAAGUUCAAGAAGCUGUUUUUUUUUAAACCCUGAAUACUAACAUGAUAGCUCCUACGUUUCGAGGUGAAUGCGUUUCAUUUAAUCCGCUGACCACAGAGGGGUUGGUCUGUUUUAUCGUGCUCCCUUUUUGAGCAGAAACUGAGUGACAGGCGAGCGGCAACAGUGGUGAGAAAAUAUUUUCAGCAGGAAGACAAGCCACCAUAUCAGCCUGAGACAGAGGGUGUGUCCGCUCCAGCUGUACUCCCUGAGGACUCCCUGUAAUUUUGUUUUCUUCCUCGUCCUCGAGUGAUUCAGCUUCAUGAGGCUCUGAAGCUUUGUGCCACAUGUAGCAAAGACAGGCUGGCGCUUUUGCCCCCAUUUUUGCCUCAAACUAAAGUCGGUUAAUCUUUGAUUUUUGCAACAACUUUUAAAAGUGACAGAGGGACCAGGUUGUGGACCUCAAAUUGGGAGGUUCCUUGUUUGUGUAAUGUUUACCACAAUGUGACAGAGCAUUAACAAUGGUAUUAAUAACAACAGCUCAGUUUGAUAUAGAGAAGCAGGAACCACAUGUUGAAACUUCUCAUAAAGAUGUUUUUAAUACACCAGAAUCACAGUAUUUGAAUCGGAAUCUGCAGGGUGUUGCAAGUGUUGAAGGAGUGUGAUUUUGCUUCUCCUAGCAUUGAUUUAACGUCUGUUUAGAACUACAGGUAGGGCUGGGCGAUAUGGGAAAAAGUUUAUCACGAUAUAUUUUUUUCAUAUCAGCUGAUAACGAUACAUAUUACAAUAUAAAAAAUGAAAUUUAACAGUGCUUAUUGGUUGCAUGUCUUUUGCAAUACAAUAAGCUACUGCAUCUGUGAGGUCUUUGUGUCUCUUCGACAUUUUGUUGUAAGGUGUUGUGCUAGAGAAAGCUGACUGAAUGGUCGGCUGUUUUGGCUGCACAUGCGCCAUGAUUUGAGGUAUUCCCUGACUUUGCGAGAACAUGUACUCGACAUAAUAUGUACAUAACUCUGCAUCUGCACUUCACGUGUUAAAGUGCUGUGGUUGUGUGUAGCUGCAGCCUGCUACUACGCAGUUGUUUGCUACUUGGUUCUAAUUCAGCACAUGAUCGGUUCAGUGAGAAGUGGACCCAGAGGAACUCCCCUUUUUCAUUGGCUGUUCGUAUAAUCUAACAAACCAUGGCAGAAUACAGACUAUUGAAAAGCAUAUUGACCAUGUUUUAUAUUGAUAUUGAGGGGAAUUAAUUUCCGAUAUAUAUUGUCAUCGUUUUAUCGCCCAGCCCCAACUACAGGUCGACAGAUAUCAGAUUUUCAACCAGUGCUGAUGCUGAUAAUGAGAGAGCAGGUCAGUCGAUGGCUGAUACAUGAUACCAUUAUCAGGUUGUUGUGGUCUUUUUUUAGAGCCACACCAAUUCAUUGGGCUUGUUUGAAAUGAUCAGCAUCACAAAAAGCCGAUAUCACAGUAAUCUUUACUCAAUCAUUAAUGAUCAGACAUUUUAUUUAGAUUGUGACUUUCCUUGUCUUUGUCUCUAUUUUAACCCCAAUAUUUACCUUGUAUUUUUUCCUUUAUAGUAAUUUUAGGUAGCUGGACAGAGAUCCCAGAGUCCCUUGUGGCGUCACGUCACUGGACCUAAAUUUUUUUCCUUUUUUUUUUAAAUCAAAGACAUUAUUUACGUUGAGCUUAUUUGAAGAUUUCAAGAAAUUGUUGAGUUUUGUCAAAUACAAACAACAGACAUGAUAAUGUGUCACUAGCAUCAUAUUCACAAUUGGCAGACCUGCUCUCACACUAUCGGUAUUGGUAUCGGCAUCAGUUGUAAUGACACUGAUAUCAGUCAACCAGCAGCUGUUUUUACAUUUGUUGAAAUAAAACAGUUUAAUCAGAUAAACACAUAACAAAUUUGCUGAAUGUGAAUGAACAUUUUCUGUGAACUUUUGGUUUUCUGUUCAGCCGUAUGGAAUCAUGAGAAUAUAAGAGUUUAAGGUAGAUAUGAGUUUAUUCAUAAUUUCAUUAUUUCAUGCUCAUUACAAUCUUAUUAACAUGGUAAUGAGAGACGCUAACAUGUGAGAUGAAUUUUAAUUAAUUCAUGAAAUAGAAAAAACCCAUUUGUUUAUGGUUUAGAUUUCAGAUCAUGCCAAAUCGGUAGUUAAUGGCUUUAUUGAAACAUCAGAACAGAAUUGACAGUCAGCUCUUGCUAGUACCGUAUUUUUCGCACUAUAAGGCGCACCUGAUUAUAAGGCGCACCAUCAAUGAAGGCGUCUAUUUUCAUACACAAGGCGCACCGGAUUAUAAAGCGCAUUAAAGCAAACAAAACAGUCAGAUAAGUCAAACUUUAUUGAACUCAUUCAAUAACUCCGUGAGGCUACGAUAACUGCAGUGCUCCGACAAGCCAAAAAGAUUUUAAGUGCGCCUUAUAGUGCGAAAAAUACGGUAAUUGUUAAAGAUCUCAGCUGUCAAUCAGUUGACUCCAACUUCCUCUUACUAGUCCAAAAUCAAGACUAACUUAUCAUGCACUACGAAGUGCCUGUGCAUGUUUGGUUAAAACUCAUUUUAGAAUUUUAAUUUUUUUUCAUUAAGCAGAAUUAGAAAGCGUUCAAGGUGUCCUCAUGAGUACCCACGUGUGUCCACAUCUCAUCCUUAGUGAAAACAAUCCAUUAUAAAUAAGUAGAUUCUACCUUUGUGUUACAGUGCAGUCAGGAAAGCUUGCUCCAUGAGUAAAUUUGUAUAAAAUGAACAAAGUCAGGGGACUGUUUUGCAAGAAUUCUGCUUUAAGUGGAGAGAAACUGUCACAACGUCAGGGUUAAACAAAAAGAGAGAAGGACCCAAGUGCAGAUUCAAAACAUGAUUUAUUAAGGAGAAGCAACAAAAAACACUUACUUUAAAAUGUCCAACUGAAAAAUCCAACAAAAGGCAACUGGGGACAAAUAGACACACACAUAAUGAACCAACCAGGACAGAGGGGAAGACAGGGACUAUAUACACACUGGGAAACGAGCAACAGGUGAUGCUAACGAGACACAGGUGAAACUCAUGAGUGAUUAACGAAGGAGGGAAAACAGAAACACAAGGAAUCAACUACUACUGCACUCAAAUAAAACCAGAAGAAACUAAAUAAACAAAACAUAUGACAGAAACAGUCUCAAUGGUUUUAUUUAGAUUAUGAUAUGACGAUAAAUCUGACCCAAUGAGAUACAAAACAGAGAAAUUAACAAGUCUUUGUUAUUUAUGAGGAAUUAAAUGUAUGGAAACUGUUGAGAAAAACGCAAUCUGACUAUUAAUUUGACUUUUUUUGUAACUUUACUAAAAAUCGAGGUGAAGUUGUGAUUUGUGUGUCUGGUUAAUUUGCGUUUGUGUCCUCAGAUUUCAGCAAACACCUUCGUUAAAGCGCUGACGUUUAAAAAAAAUCCGGCUUUUAAGCUGUUCAGCACACGUUGCUCACUCUGUGUGAAGUGAGUGUCAGACUAACAGCGCACUUUUCAUAAGCCCUCGCACUGUCUGCUGGAGAUACACACAGACACACACACACACACACACACACUCUGAACUGAAGCACUUACACAUCAACAUGCCUCAGCUUGAAUCAGCUCGUCUUUUCAGCACUCCUCCCUCACACUGCCAUCUCUCGUGUUAGUGUGUGUGUGUGUGUGUGUGUGUGUGUCCCUGUCAUGGAGGCUCUACUGUUGUUCUGUUUGCAGCUCAGCAGGCUGAAGCAGAUGGUGAAAGCCACAUUUGAACAAGGACACAUCACUGCCCCACUUUCUCAACUUCACGGUGACUUUUGUUCGUCCCAGAGAGUGUGUGUACAGCAGCGUCCGUGUAUGUGUGUGUACAUGUGUGGGUGUGUGUGUGUGUGUGUGGUAUAUGACACACUGACAGGUCAGAGUUAUGUUUCCUGUUGGCUCUGCUGACUCUGAGGUCCAGAGCUCCCUGGAAAUGUCUCCUCUUUGUGCCAGGAAGUGGCUUCAAUAACACAGCCAGAAAACACCCUUUCACAAUAAGACAUUAAAACAGAGAUUAUUUAGAUUAAUUCACGUUUUUUUUCCUUCAGGAUAAAAGCCCUGUCGACCCUCUUGGAAGUGUUUAUCCUGCUUCUUUUUUCCUGUUUCAGUGGGAGUCAGCAGCAGUCAGUUUUAACCUCUGUGACAAGGACACAGACUGUAUGCAAAGUGGGCCACCUGGCCGUGUUGGCAAUGACUGAAGGGCUGCUGGCUGCUUAGUUCAGCGCAGUAACACGACCAUUCAGACUCUGUCGCUGUACUCAGGCUGUAUUUGACAUUUGUAGAUCUGAUAUGUUUUUGUAUUGAAUAACUGAACUUGGCUAAACACUUUAAGGGAUAUUCCGGUGUAAGAUUAAUUUAGGGUCAAACACACAGUAACACCAAGUUAGACACCCCGUCGAGAGGUUAAUGUUGCCGACCGCUUGCUUCUCUAGUUAUACCAACUUUAGUAACGACCGCAAGAUAGCAAUACACAACUCACCUACUCUCUUCCAGCAGCUGCUUGUUUGUAGCGAGACCUCAGGCCAAUCCAUUACGGACUACAGUGGGGUGACGCAGCUCAAGGAAGAACAUUUAUGAUCAUCACGGUAAUGCAAUCAGACCGAGAUGCUAAAGCAGAAGAACUACCGCGUCUGCAGUGCAAAAUGAUUAAUAUGAUGAUUAUUACUUCAAGGAAAUGAUAGAGUAAUGAUCAUAAAUGUUCUUCCUUGAGCUGCGUCACCCCGCUGUAGUCCACAAUGGACUGGUCUGAGGUCUCGCUACAAACAAGCGUCUGCUGGAAGAGAGUAGGUGAGUUGUGUUUAGUCUCUUUGUUAAAGAAAUUAGGCAAAUUAAAAAGAUGUUUGGUGGCUAGUUCUAUGGCUGGGACCCUAUAUGUCCUGUUGAUGAAGUUAGGUGCUGUUCUGAGCAUUAUUUGUGGCCAUAAAGAAGCGUUUUGGUUGAGGUUUGUUUAUGGCUUCUCAGACCGCUGUGUAUUGCUAUCGUGCGGUCGUUACUAAAGUUGGUAUUAGAGAAGCAAGCAGUCAGCAACAUUCACCUCUGGAGGUAUUUCAUCAAAGAGUCUUCAAUCAAACUGUCAUAUUCCUGAGAGUGGCUAACAGUAGCAGAGCUAGCACCACCUGCCGUCAGUCAGUCUAUAUGCCUGUUACAUGUCAGUUUAAGCAGGAACAACACGUCUAUCCUCAUUUUCAGGAUCUGCCUCGCUGAUAAAUCAUUCCUCCUCUGAACUCUGGCGUAGAUAAGCGUGUAUAAACAGCGUACAGUAAGGAGGAACAGGGAAAUAAAAGCAGGAUGUUGUGCUGCGAAUAAGGAGGUCACACGGUCAGAUCAGAUCCAGAUCCAGUGUUGUAAUCUCCGAGCAUGUGACUGCUGACUGAGCCAACAUGAUGCCCGCUUGUGCUCGGAGUCUGGACUGAUUUGAAAAGAGCAGUUUUGUGGUUUUCCGCUCAGAGCUGCUGACUCUGAGAGAAGCAGAGGACAGGUGAGACGUCCUCUGUGUGUCCCGCUCGGAUCACCUCGGUGAACCUGUGCCGUGCUGUGUUAUUCUCCCAGGAGGAUUAAUGGCAGUUUCUCUCCUGGAUGAGUCCAGGUCUUGAACACAACAUCUCUUCCCUAUCACAGCUCAGUUUUUCUGGGUUACUCCGAGUCCUCAUUUCUCGUCCUUCUUUCUCCGACUUUCCCUCUCUUCUGCGUGGCCUGGUUUUCCUCGCAGCGUGGCGGCUCUCGGCCCACCAGCCAGGCUCAUUCAUCCUUUUGACCACCUGUCACUCCUCCCCCUCAGCUGACUGAGGUUUGGUUUGGUCCAGACUGCCGGACUGAUCUGAUUCAGUCUGCUUAGAGUGUAUGUGGGAGUUUCAGAGCUCACUGACUCAUUGUUUCACACCAAAACUGUCUGCUUGUAGUUUGAUGUAGUCAUCUUUUGGAAGGGUCGCUCGGUGUGAAUAAUUCAACCGCACACCUCCUGUGGCAGCCUGACCCACAAACAUGAAUAUUAAACGUGUAUUUAUACUCCUUGAUCAGGUAAUUGUGUCUUUCAGGUGCAGGAAAGUGACUCUCUGCCCGGUUGAACCAAUUAACAAGUCGCUCAGGAAAGGUUAAUGAGUUCCUCCACGUGUCUUCGGCUCCUUUGUGACUCUUCGCUGACGUACUGAAGGAAUUUUUAAUUGUGUGUUGGCAGUUCUUCAAGGUCAGGUGGACCUUAUGGCCUCUCUGUCAGCCUCCAUCUGCCUCAGGUGGAGGAGCAGGAAUUAGAAAUUCACUCAGUUGGCUGCCGAGUAUUUUAAGAGCCGAGACCGAGGGGAGGAUUAGAGUAGUAAAGUCUGCUGAAUUUGACUCUUUCACUCCUCCAUUAGAUAAACACUUUGUUGUUUAGAUCGUAAACAGUGUAUCCAGGAGAAGAUCAAUGGGUUAAUUCUAAUACGGUUUAGUCCAUUGAUUUCCAGUAAUUAAUGCUGCUUACAAAGAGUGUACCAGCACUCAUGGCAGCAUCUGUAAAGUUAAGUCACAUGUUGAGCUAGAUUAUAAUCUCAUAAUUUAGCACAAAUAUAUACAAAUGAGUCUUGGAGCGUCUGCAGUUUAGAUGAGAAUGGGUUAGGAUGAAGAUUUUAGACGAGGAGCAUUAGCCUUAUAAAAUCUGAAUGUAACAGGGUCUCAAAAUACUGACCUGACUCAUUAGAGGCCCUUUCGGUAAACUACAAUACAGUGAAAUAUGUAGCAGAAGUGAAACAGUGAAAACUAGCAAGCCCUGCUGCAGCUAACUAUGAUAUGAAACUAUACUUAAUUACAACUGAAGCAUUUUUAUUAAAGUUAGAAGUUUGUAUGGUUGCGCUAAAGCUGUGAUUCUCAACUAGUGGGUCCCGACCCAAAAGUGGACACGUUCUGGAUUGGCCACGAACAGCUGAUCAAAAAAGUAAAUAUUUGAUGCGAUAUUUUUUAGAUAUUCAAUAUUUUCUGCAUAUGCAACUAACUCGGUCCAUCGGGACUCCAGUCAGUGCUGCUCGAGUCAGCACUUCUAUAACCUAAAACAUCAGCACUGCCAGAUGGACUCCAACAAACAAAUAAAUGAAUGAAGUCUGGGUUUUUAUUAUAAUGUCAUUGCUGAAAUAAUGAAGUAUGACCCUUUAAAAUGAGUCCUUUCAUGGGGUCAUAUUUCAUCUGAUCUGCGCUGUCAUCAAAUUGAAAUUGAAAGAGAAGCGGCAGCUCUCAGGAAUGACACAUUGUCUUUUUAUCCGGGAAAUGUAUUCAGGCAUGAUUCAAACCUUCCUGUCCCAGCUGGCAGACUCAAUAUUGGGUUUUACCUUCCAUCUGCUCUGUAAUACAUCACUGUGUAAUGACCGGGAAAUAACACUCAGCUCUGAAACGUGUCUUUCUUGUUAUCUCAUAUUCAUUGGCUCCAUCUUUUCUUCCCCCGAAAGCCACAUCAUUACAGAAACCCACAGAGCGCUGGCUUUCAGCCGUCACACUUAUCUCGCCCUGUCCACUGCGUCCAGUCUGCAGUAAUCAGCGGUCGAUACAUCACACGCUGUCAGGUGCCAUGUGAGCGCCACGACCUUCUGGUUUUAUUAGCGCUGAUUUCACUCUGCUUUCGCUGUGGAGGAGUUCGAGUCUGUUUCUUUGCUUAUCUCUCAGCUCACAGAAAAGGAAACAAAUCCUCCGAGGUUGUGUUCGCCGUUUCUUUGUUUCCCACUCGUCCUGCGUCCUUGAGCUCUCGAACAACACUUGAAAGUUUUGGAGAUCUUUGACAUGUUGCAGGAUUCCAGACAUUCCUGAAAGUUUUUCCUGUUCCUGUAGCAUUUCCCCCUCCGGACAAGUGGGAGCGCAUAAUGUGGAUGUCAGCUGUGCAAAUCCAGGAGCAGAUAGCACAGUGAAAGCUCUGUUUUGUUGUCUCAUGUACAACAUGUUUGAACAUUCAGUACAAUACAAACACGCGGAGCUUGUCCGUAAAGGUUUUUUUUUUUAAAGAGUGUGAAUGUUUGUGCUCUGAGCUUCAGCGGGAUGAUUCAGUGAGAUCCGCUCAUGAGUUUUGUUUUAGGUUUUUGCCAAACUUCCCUGAUUUUAUAUUAGUCAUGUCUUCCGGUUUGGAGCGGUGCUCAUUUUGUCCAUUUCAUACUCACGCUCUGGCUUCUGGGUGGAGGGUGAAAAGUUUGUCAUCCUGCAGAGGAAGUCUGGACUUAUUCUGUCUCAAACUAGUCAACACACUCUGACCAGAUUGUGCAGAAAUAAAGUACCCACUGUGACGUCACCCACUGGUUUGCAAACCACAGGUUUGAAGCUCUAGGUUGGGCGGCAUGGCUGUUUACCAUAUUUGUGACCAUAUUUGGACUGCAGGGCGGAGCCAGAGGGCAGUGAGGGGUUAGCAGAGGCCAAGUUAUGAAAACUAUGCUGUUUAUAUUUGAGGUUGGUGAGUCAGAAAGAUAAUGACGACAUUUCCCACAGAUUGAGAUUCUAUUUUUAACAAUAGUUCACUGGUUUGAUUAUUUACUGGACUGGGCGACGUGAGCUUAAGAGACAGCACAUGCUGGGUCCACUGAGACUCCCAUGAUUGACACGAAACACCUGAUAAGCUGGUAGGCUGCAAAGACACCUUCACCAGCCAAAGCCAAGGCAGGGAGAGCAGCAGCAAAGACCUCCACGGUGCAGAAGAAAGCAGGAAUCAGUGGUAGUAUGUAAGGCACAGGUAAAAUCAGAUGAAACACAAACAGGAGGAAGAUGGGCGAAGGUUGGUUGCAUAGUUGCUUCCUCGUCAAACAGUUUUUUGAGGAAGCAGGAAGAGAAAGUAGUUUAAAUACAAUACUACUUUGACAUCUGUAAAUUAAAGCUAAUCAGCAUAAGCGUAGUACAUGUAUGUGAACCAGCCUGCCUGAACUAACACCAAACUCUAAACUUACUGACUUUACUUUCCGUUUCUCUUUGCCUCUCUGAUCGUGUCUGAUCAGCAGCAGGUUUAAGUUUAAGACGCCCAAAAUAACACAACCUGCGUCAUGAAACGUUUCACUGGCUAUUGCUCCCCCCCCCAACAGGUGGUCUGCGUCUAGCUGAGGCUUGUUAAUGAUGGAAAGUUUGACAACAGUCCAAAAGCGAAGAGUGCAUAAUGAUUACGACAGGAGCCAGCUGCCUUUAACUCUGAAAACUGCAUAUCUAAGAAGAGAGUUACUGUCAGACCUCUAUACCCCACUCCCCCAUCAAGUGCUGUGUGCAGGUUUGCAUGCAUAGAUGAGAGACUGUCUCCUGGAUAGUUGGUGGCAAUCUUCUAAUGGAAAAAUAAAGGAAAAUGUAUAAAAGGUCAGCCAAUAUACAAGGGCGUCUGAAAAUAUACUCGGGAGGCCUGCCCAGGUAUCAUCUGUGUAUGUGAACACUGAAUACAAACUGUGUUUUGGACCAAGACAACAACGAGGUAGCAGCAAUCUAUACCAUGAUACACAACAUUUAUUAGGCUUUAAGACCCUCUCCAAUGAAAAUCAUGUUUUUCUUGUUGUCUACUAUUUUUUUGCUCAGAAAUUUCUUUUCUGAGUAUUUCUUCAUACAAAUCGCUGUGACCCAAACGGCAGGGUCAGAAACAGUGAGAUUUCUUAUGUAACCAAUCCUAGCUCCGCCUCCAGAGCCUCACUACACGCGGAGAAAUACAGAGGGCAAUCGCGGAAAAGGCGUGUACGUUAGCGGAUGCAAUGAUCGUAAGAAAGCUAAUUAUGAUUUUAACUUUCAACAUGUCCCUAAAGAUAUUAAUGUCUGAGAGCUGAAUAGUUUCUAUGUUACCUGCUACUUCUACUACACCGGCAAUGUUAGACUGCAAGCUAGCGUGAAGAGGAGUGCGCAGAGCAGCUCCGUCUCCGCCCACAACUCAGAGGCGAAUCGCUAAUGAGCUACUGGAGCUCUGCAGAAGAAAAGCCCUUAAAAAUGACACAGGUAAUGUGAUUUUUGGUAAAAACUUAAUAAUCACAAGACCACUGAUAACUCUUUAACUAGUGGAAAAAAAAAACGAUCAGAGUGGGGCUUUAAUAACGUCCACACAGGUGCCUUCUUUAGAGGUUAACCCCACAAAUGACCAAAUCUGCUUUAAAUGUCUGCUUUUUAACACCGUCUCUUAUGGAGAUAGACUCACUUUUGUAGCUCCCAGUGGCCAUUUUGGGAACUGCAGCUUUGGCCCAAAACAUGCCCCGAACAUAACAAAAAAAAAACAUUAUCUUGUUUGAAAAGCGUGUUUGCUCACUGUUAUCGUCAGCCGUCAUCAGACCAGACUGGAUUGGUGACAGCGUGAAAAGAAAGUAUUUCAACGAGCUCAGAUCUUCAAAAACUUCCCAGAAGGCCUUUCCAUUCCUCUGGCUGCCACUCCUCGUAUCAUAUUCUCUGUUUUUAAGCUGAAAUAAAGCUCUUACCAUCAAAAGCUUCAAAACCGUUUCUCUCUCGGAGAAUGUUUAACUUGAGUUUGACAAUUGUUGUUACGUUGGCGCUGUAUCUUCGCUGUAAUUAAGUGCUUGUUUAAUUUUCGAGCUUGCCUCAGCUCUCAGCUAUAAUUUCAUUAUGUUUACAAGUACCCAGCAUUCCUCUGUACUCCCUUUUUAAGCCCAGCUGAGGUGCUGACAGCCUGUCUACUACCGCCUGGAUCCUCUGCAGUCUCUUUCAGUCAUUACUCAGCUCAGAAAUAUGAGAUAAAAUGCCCCAGGAGUGCUGAAGCUCUCUGGGAGCUCGCCUAAGUCCCUGCAGCUCACGUUGCGGUUUGUGCGCUCACCUCUCUGCUGCUGUUAUUUACUUUUUUCACAGAGCGAGCACUCCCCUUUCCUCCCUGCCUCGCUCGUGCACUUUUUGCAGAAUCCUGUGUAACUGAACAUCAGAUGAGGUUAGUUUGAAGAUUUGUGGACGUCCGGCCUCUGAAGCGUGAAUAAGUAAAAGGAUGAAAGGGCUUUAACUUGAGCAGACGUGCAAAGAUGCUGCCAGUGGCGAUGCGAUCAAGUGUCACAUCUGUACUCCCAACGCCCACCACUCACCUCACAUCACAUCAGGAGAAAAAUUGCACGUUUUAUUUAGCAUAUUUUUGGACAUGUUGCCACUCUGCAUUAAAUAGUUUCAUCGUUGAAUAGUUAACUAACUCUGAGGAGAUAGUAGGCAGCGUACUGUGCAGCUGAUCUCUGGAUUUAAAGAUUUACAGCUGCACGAUUAACACAAGCUAAAGAUUGAAGUUCAUGAUGACCAGAGGAGAGGGCUCGCUAUAGCGUGGUCACUGUUUCUCAUGAGCAAGAAAAGACUGAAACUUCUGCAGAAGGGCCGUCUGGGCACACUCAAUUUAAGGCCUAUUUUCUGCGCUUCAGAUGGUACUGAUAUAACUCGCCCUGUUUCAUCUUUAGCUGUGUGAGAGACAAUGUGUCCGCUGCUCAAUGUGGCCAUUGUUUUCUCAGAUCGUAUCAGUGUGAAGUCAUAAAAAAAUCAGUUAGUUACAUAAAAACGAGUGCUCAUGCAUGAUAAACUCCGGCUAUGAAAGUGGAUUUGACACAUUUAGGAACAUCAAUUGCAGCUAUUGUAUAACAAUGGUUAAAGAUCACAUGUUGUGCUUUGGCUGAAAGGACAGAGUGUGUGAGAGACAUGCAGGAUUAAUUUAACACAUCACACUCUGUGCACUCUGUGUUCUGUCGCAUCAGUCGUCCAGCAGUUUCCUGUCCCACCAGAACCACCAUCAUUCAGUUGUUUUUCUCUUCUUUCUUCUUCGCUUUUAUUAGUGAGAAAGGACAGAAAGGGUUAAACCAACAACUGCAAUUUGAACCGUUAAAGGGAUAUUCCGGCGUGAAUAUGAGUUACAAUCAAACACACACUAACACCGAGAUAGACACCCCUUGAGAGAUGAAUGUUGCCGACCGCUUGCUUCUCUAGUUAUGCCAACUUUAGUAACGACCGCAGGAGCGCAAUACACAGUGGUCAACGUCUCAACCAAAACGCCACUCUAUAGCCACAAAUAAUGCUCAGAACAGCACCUAACUUCAUCAACAGGACAUAUAGGGUCCCAGCCAUAGUACUAGCCACCAAACAUCUUUUUAACUUUGCUGAAUUUCUUUAGCAAAGAGACUAAACACAACUCACCUACUCUCUUCUAGCAGCCGCUUGUUUGUGGGGGAGCCCUGACAAGUUAGUAAGAACUAAGGCAGAAGAACUACAGCGUCUGCAGUGUACAUACAAGAUACGCAAGAGCUCUGAUUGCAUUUCCAUGAAGUAAUGAUCAUAAAUGUUCUUCCUUGAGCUGCGAAACUCCACUGCACUCGAUGAUCGACUGGUCAGGGCUCCCCCCCACGAACAAACAACAAAUGAAGUAGCAGGAGCUGCCUCAGCUGGGCGCUUUUUUAGUUUAGGGUGCCUAGUGUACCCCAACAGGUGUUCCCACAGCCAAUCAUAAUCUGUCUUGGUAGGUGGGGCUGUAAGUCAGGUAGCAUUAGCUGCAUCAGAAGGAGAACCAAGGAACAUUUUACCAUGGCAUGUUUUAACAUUUGUCACUUAUUUCCACUGCUGUGAAUGAGUAAUCGAGUCGUGAGUCGCAUGUUCAAAAGCUGUAGCCCUCAUACAGGAGAGGGAUCUGACCCACACUGUCUCUGACCUAUCUUGACUAAAUAAAGGCAUAAUAUGGAUCCAUUAGUUUUGUAUCUUUUUUGUACUUUUAACAAUGAAAAUCACAUCUUUAGAUUCCUACAUUUCCCAGAAUACACCACUUAAAACCAGCAUCUCUGACUGAUGAUAAACAGCCAUAUCUUUGAAAUGGCAUUUUCUUGAGAUAUACAGACUUAUUAUGUUUCUUAAUGUCGGAUAAAUAACUAAAAUACACCUGAGGAUCAACGUUAAGUAAAGAAAACCCAACUCUCAAAUGGAAACAGAAGCGUAAUUUUCCUUUAUUUUCUUUUUAUUCGUGUUAAUUUAGCGGUUUAUUGACAUUUGGAGGCUGUACAAAUCUUUAUGUCCCAGAUUAAGCAGCUGUAACUGAGCUCCACUGCUGGGAAAAAAAUAACAUAAACAGAGUCUCUGGCUUCCAGCGUGAUAUGUAGGCCAGCAGUUCUGCACAGGCAAGCAUAUGCUGCCCUGUAAUCUGUGUAAAAUCUCGUCCCUAUACGACAAAAACUGCCUCCUCUUGCAACUUCGAAACUGCCGACAUGGAUAAAAGCCUGUUUUGUUUGUUUGUUUGUUUGUUGUUUGGUGUAUUUUCCUGCAGCUGCGUCUUCAUCUACCCUGCUGCAUAUUACAGUGUCAGUAGUAGGUGUCUGUGUGUGCACAUGAAUGACUUAUGUGCUUUCAACAGAUGGCCUUUUGCUCUGGGCCCUCUGGAGGAAUCUCUCCUCCUUCCUGAGGCGGUUAUCUCACAACACAUCUGCCGCCUGAUUCUCGCUAAAAGAAGCCCGGCUCACCCGGGCUGAGGGUAACAACACAGCUCUCCAGGUUGAGAGUUUAAAACUGUUCGGUCUGCUGCUGGAUUAGUGACACUCUGCAGCCAUGAGGAGCUGGUUAUACUACACACAGUGGCAUGUUCCUGUUCUCCUCUUCAUGGGGCCUGCUGCUCUGUUUUUUCCUGUUUUUCCUCCCGCUGAUAAUCAUCGCUACCCCCUGUCACAGCAGCCUGUUAUCAAAGCCCCGUGUCGUCCCUCCAGGCCUUUGGACUUUAUGAGUGAGUAGAGUCGAGGAGAGCCUGCAGAGAUCAAACAUGCAGGCUCAGUUUGGAGCUCGGCUCCUUGCCUCAGCCUGUUUGAUGUCGGACUUGUCAUUACGGCAGUUUGUCUGGUUUAGCCACUUUCUGCGCCGUCGUAACUGACACUUUGGUGUGUGGGAGUUUUCCAGACUGGGAACAAAUCCUGCAUCGCUGAUUUUAACAAGACUUUCUGGUUGAUAGUUCUGUGUUUGUGUUUGCUUUGUCUGGGUAUUGUGCAGAAAUGCAUCGUAAGGUUUAGCGUGUAUUAACUCAGUUAACCACUGUGUUUAUUGGCCUUGUUAGUCCACUAUUUAUGCUGCAAGCUUGCUGAGAAAAGCAGCCCCCAAGUACUUUUGAUGCCAAUGCUACUAAACAGCAUUGCCUGCAGACUUAAAGGUGCAGUGUGGUGGAUGUUUUUGGUGCUAAAAAUGGUGGAUUAUACUUUUAGUCUUUUAGUCCUCGAAGGCCACUGUGGCUUCACUGGGAAGAGGGGUGAGCAGGAGAGUGUUGGUGUCUAAAUCUGACUUCUAAAGCAGAGCUGAAUAGGGAUGGGCGAUAGGGCCUCAGAUCAAUAUAAUGAUAUAUUAAUCAAUAAAUGAAAAUAACUAAUUUUCAAACCAAAUUUUAUCUAUUUAUUAUUUUGAUAUGGGAAUAUACCGAUAAGGGCAAAAUGAUGUUGGUUAUUGUCGUAAAUUUCAGUAUUGGUAAAUUUUCGGUUUAUCGCUCAGCCCUAGCAAGAACUGUGCAGGUUUCCUUCCUCAGAAAUGUGGUUAGUGUUUCAUCUUCAGUCCUCAUAGCUCCACUAUAGCUGCUGCAGGAUGUGUUACAUCAUAUCAAAUCUCUGCAGAGUGUGGUGUGUGGUAUCCUGAGGAUGAGAGUUAGAGGGGAGGUUGUCUUGGCCUCCUCUAUUGGCCCAAAUCCACCACAAACCUGACCUAAAUAAAAGCUAGAAAAUGGAUGCAAAUCUUAUGCGAUAGUAACGCUAACAGCUCCUUCAUCCUUUUUUUUCCCAGGCUCAGGACAAGAGGAAAGCUCUGGAGGAGACCAAAGCCUACACCACCCAGUCCCUGGCCAGCGUGGCCUACCAGAUCAAUGCCUUAGCCAACAAUGUGCUCCAGCUGCUGGACAUCCAGGCCUCGCAGCUGCGGCGCAUGGAGUCCUCCAUCAACCACAUCUCCCAGGUCAGAAUACACACAAAUACACACUCGCACUGACCACGGAGCGUACAGCUGUGAAGAACGGUACCCCACAUUUCCCGCUUCUCCUCUCACUUUCACACAGACUCGGUUAUUUUCAAACACAGUGUGAGGCCUUCAGAGGAGUCUACAGUUCCUUUUUUGGGUUUGGUUUGUCCGGAUGAAUGUUCAUCCAGCUUAAUGACUGCGGCUCUGUUCGUCUGUCUUUUACACUCAUAAACAAUGAGAAACAUUGAGCACAGUCAGUCUAACACUCACAGGACAGCAGCAUUAAUGCACUUGGUGAAAGUUUGUCUUGUGGAUUGUAGUGGCGAGGAAUAUGACCCAAUACUCGUACCGCAGUAUUUUUGUCCUUCUCUGGAAAUGUAUUUUUAAAAGUCGCUGCUCAGCUGUAUCCUCCAGCUGAGUCUGUGUGAACAGUUUUUUUUAUUUCCUUAGAAAUCUGUCUAAUUUUACUGCUGGAGUUACAGUAAAUUACAGCUGAAAAUACACCAUUUCCUGUCAUGGCUGUUUCAUAUUUUAUUGUACUACAGCAACAUGAUAACAGGGUUUUUUUUUUUAUAGUGAAGGAUUUGUCAGAAAUGAAAUGUGUCUUUUGAGUUAAUUUAGCUUUAGUGGAGCUAUAUUUGGUGGCAGUUUUCACUAGCGACAGCAUUUACAGCCUGUUUUUUUUUCUUUUUUUUGGCCACAUAUCAGACUGCCCACUUCCUCUGGACAACAACCGAAUAAUCAGCUGAAACAAUCUUGUCUUUAACCGAACUCGCCAACAUUAAACUGGUGACAGAAAAGAAGAAAAGUUAAGGAGAUCACGGCGCAACAAUUCACUUUUACUGUAAACACUGACACCAAUUAGAGAAGAGGAGGAGGUCUCUGCUCUUAAGGGUCUGAAGCUUUCUAAAUUUAGCUCUAAAGGAAAAAAAAGUACAAGAGAAAUGUUGAUAUUGUUGUUAUAAAACUGCAUCAUAAUGAUUGAUUAAUUAGUCUUUUGAUUGUAGUGAUAAUUGUUUUGAUGAGCAGGAAGUGUCACUUUUUUAAGCUUAAGGUCCGAUUUUACCAGGUUGACAUAAAAGUGUUAAACCAUCAGACCCAAUCCCUUAACAGUCAGAUACAUUAGACUUUAAUACCCUUAUUAAGACUCUUAUAUAUAGUCCAUAAAUUCAUGUGAUUCUAUAUUUAUAUCGUCUGAAUAUCCCCGCAGCUCUGCCAGCUCCUUGUUUCCUAAACCAGGGGUCCCUAACCACAAAGUUCUGGACUAGCCCUGGUCCUCAGGUGGUUUUAAACCGGGCCGUGAAAAAGCAGUCAAAACAAGAGGGUCGAGUUCAGUUUCAUAAAUGUACUGCAGUGAGUUUGGUCAUUUAUAGGCCGACACUUUAUUGCAUAACAUGAUUAUUUUCCCUCUCACAAAAAUCAACAAUAUUUUCCGGUCUCUGAAGUGGACUGGACCACCUCGGCUCAGGAUUUUUCAUGGUUAAAUUAGAUUUUCGAGUGUUUUCUUUGGUAUUUUAGGUUGUUUUAUUACUUUUACUACUUCACGUGUCUUGACAUGAUAUGAGGUGGUUCUAUCAGGAAUAUGACAGCUGCUGUGUCGUCAAAACGGUCGGGAAUCCUGGUCCUAAACCUCUCCUGACAGUGUGUUAAACCCCGGCUGUUAAUCUGAUACGAACACUUAAGCUGCAUCGCUCCUCUUAUGUCAGAUAAGACUAACCUCUUGCAACAGUGUCAUGAAAUGUUGUUUUCAGACGUCACUUUUCUCCCUUUCUAUACCAUGAAGCGUGGGCCAUGUGCAGGUAAAUCCAGCCGCUCAUCCAAUGAAGGCAUUAAGAGCUCAGACAAAUCAAACAAAAAGCUCCCACCAUGUGGCAUCUCGUAGAUUAGAGCAGCGAGGCAUUCACCAAACCUGGAAUAACUGUGAAACUCUCCUCUUCGAGCUCCAAACGUUCACUAUGAUUUUUAAAAAUGAGACAUGUCUGAAAAGUGGAGAAGAAGAAGAAGCUUCACUUUUCUUCUCUCUUCGCCUUAUCUGUGUUUGCCCUCCGACUGAGAUUUGCUCAGAGUGCCAGAAAUUCUUCCAGGAUGCACUGAAGGUCAGAUUUUCAGCCUAAUGGAGGGAAAGGAGGACUUGUGAGACUCCAGGGCUUCAGAGGGAAGAAGGAGGGAGCGAGAGAGAGAGAGAGAGAGAGACAGAUCCUGCAAAUCAGAGAGAGAGAGAGAGAGAGAGAGAGAGAGAGAGAGAGAGAGAGAGAGAGAGAGAGAGAGAGAGAGAGAGAGAGAGAGAGAGAGAGAGAGAGAGAGAGAGAGAGAGAGAGAGAGAGAGAGAGAGAGAGAGAGAGAGAGAGAGAGAGAGAGAGAGAGAGAGAGAGAGAGAGAGACAGAUCCUGCAAAUCAGAGCAGAGACAGAGAGAAAUGGAAGAUGGAUGGUGACAUACGAAGAAAGACGAGUGAGCGGCUGAAAAAGGCGUAUGUACACUCCUGCAGGUUUGAGUCAAUAUCCUGACAAACAGCGUUCAGCUGGCACCAAGGUCACCGUGACGCUGCUGCUUUCCUCGGUUGCCAUGACAACCCUCCGAGCCACACUGAAAAGGCAUACAGUCCCUGAGAUCUGAACUCUCCCAAUCUCAGCUUAUUAUCGCGACUUCUCCGAACUGUCGCUUGUCUUGUGCUCGGGGAACUCCAGCCCCCCCCCAUUAAUGUGCACACUGGUGUGUACUUUUGGUUGCCGUGGCGACGCCGGACGAGCUGGUGUCACAUCAGGUCAGCUUCUAGUUAGCAGACAAAUGUCUCCUGCUUAUGUGGAGUUCGUUCUUCUUCUGUGUUUUUUUGUACGAAAUGCAGAAAUGGAGUAAAAAAAAAUCCAAACUCAUUUGCUUCCAGCUGAUAAUCAUGAAUCACUUUCAUCUCUCUCCACGUGUCCCUGAGAAAUAUGAAUGAUUUAGCAGCUUUGCCUUGAUAACUGGAAAACUAGAAAACUCUGAAUGCUUAAUGUCCCUGCCUCGCACACACAGCAUCUUCAUCUUCCUCUGGUUGUUUCUUUAAUGGAUUAGACGGAGGAGAGGUCCAAGUGUAAUGAAGCGUACGUCUGUUUUAAUAACAGAGCGGCCGAGCUGUGGGCUCUGAAGGCUGUGGGUGUGUUUUAUCUCCCUCUGCUGUCCCGUUCAGAGGUGGAUCAUUAUCAAGUUGCCUGCGCUCCUCCAGGCCUGUGCUCAUGAAGAGGAAAGACUUGAGCUCGCAGGGAAGAAGGUUUUCACAGGUUAAUUCUUUCAAAACACAAAAACUAUUUAAAACAGCCGAAAUCACACAGGCUGCACAUAAUAACCAUGUCAGUUUACGUCGUGAACAUGUAGCUGUAAUCCAAGCGACUCUUUAAUAAUAACAAAUCAGUCAGCAUGUGGUGAGACGCUGCCUGGCGUCAGAGAUGUUUCCUCUGGUCUGCCCACAGUUACGAAGAGCUCUCUCUCUGCUCAGGGUGUGUCUGCACAGCGGUGGCAUCGCCCAAAGUGGGAUCAGUGAAUCGCUCUAAAGUGUGGACAAAAUCAGCCGAUACAGGAGUCCAAGAAGGUGCAGAUCUUUGAGUGUCCACUAGAGUUUUGUCUCAUUAGCUCAUUUAAACUGUGUGGAUAAUAAACCGAGUUGGCCGACCUCAGCUCCACCUUUUUGCCUGUGUUUACGCCAAUCAGAAGUUAGGGUUAAAGCCUCUGAUAUAGGGCUGGGCGAUAUGGCCUCAGAUCAAUACUACGAUAUAGUGAUCAGUUUACCUCGAUAACGAUAAAUAGACGAUAACUACUCCACAAGCUGCUCAACCCCUCCCACAUUAACUUCCUCUACUUCAGCCGCUUCAACUUUUGAACCGUCCUCCGUCUCCUCACCUGUCUUUCAUGUAUAUCAAAACUUUAUUUCGCUCAAUAUUAAUUAUGAAACAUGGUCAAUAUGCUUUUUGUAGGGCUGGACGAUAUGGGAAAAAGUUUAUGACGAUAUAUCUUUUUCAUAUCCAUUGGUAUAGAUAUAUAUCACGAUAUAAAAAUCGAAAUUUAACAGCAUUUAAUUUAAGAGUAACAGGGAACAUUUACGACUGACAAGUGAUUUUUUUACAUCGUGAUAUAUAUAUAUAUCAAUUUUUACAGAUAUGAAAAAAAUAUAUUGUAAUAAACUUUUUUCCAUAUUGCUCUGCCCUAAGUGGAGUCACGUCUCCAACGUAAGACAGCGUCUCAAAGGGACAUGAGACCACAGCCUACCUACACACAUCCAAAUUCAACUUUUAUUUGUUAUUUUGACACGGAAUAUACUGACAUGGGCAAAAUGAUGUCAGUUAUUGUCGUAAAUUUUGGUAUCUGUAAAUUUUCAGUUUAUUGCCCAGCCCUACUCUGACAUCAUCCACUGUCAUCAUAACACUUCUUCAGAAACUGAGACGGGAACCAUGUUUUAUUCAGUCCGGUGUGCUGUCCCUUUAUUUGUAUUGUGUUUAUUGUGUUUGUACGUGUGCAGGUGUCAGUGGCAGUUUCGACAUCGUCAUCUGCAUGUUGUUUAAGAUGAUGAUGCAGCUGUUUCAGCUAACCACAGACUAAACUAAAUGUAUGACUUUCCUCUCAAAUAUCAAUUUUCGUCUUCCUACAAAGUGGCUCGAAACAUCCCCCUUUUAGGUUUCUCAAUAUAAACAUGAACAGACCUCCUAGUUUCAUUUCUGCACUAUUUAAACCGAUGCUGUUUAGUCCUAAAAAGGGUAACAUGUGAGGUUUCGCUGACUCGAGUUUACUGCACGUGUUUCCUGAUCGUGACUUAACGUAAAGAUCAGUUUUCAUCUUUUUAGACAGCUGUAGCUUUUUCAAAUUAAGAUGAAAAUUAUCAACGAAGCGAGUGUGUCAUCCUCUCUAGAAAAACCAAACGAUUAAUCCAUAUAUUUAAAUUUGUUCCCGAGUUGAUAUUUAUCAGUUUGAAGGGCAGUUUAACUGAAUGUGUGUCCUGUUGAGUGCUUUCCUGCUCAUUGACAUUCAGUGUAUAUGAGGCUGGAGUAUGACUCAACAAAAGAGAAACCGGUUUGUGAAUCUGUGUGCAGCUCCACGCUCAAAUGUUUGUGUUUGUGUUGAGAGGUAUUUGUUUGUGUGUAAACUCCCCUGCUGUUGUUGCCAUUCACAAAUCGAGGUCUCUCUCUCUCUCUCUCUUUGCCGCUGCUACACUGAGGCAGAAGGGCUGAUGGGAAAAUAGAGCAGCUCGUGGGGCUUCCACCUUGUGCUGCGUGUGAAGUGGCUGCUAAGAGGCUGCAAACAGCGAGUGCUUUGUCUGUACGCCGGAAGAAAGUGCCUCACAUCGAGGACCUCUCUGUGAUCCCCGAACAGAGAGGGAGACAAACCUGUGUGUGUGUGUGUGUGUGUGUGUGUGUGUGUCAGUGUGAGAUCUGACAUUUAAUAGAGAGAUUUCCCCUCAAAUCUGAUCUGCUGAACACUCAGUAAAUUUGACUUUCCAAGAUUGAACCCAGAGGCGUGCAGCGACACGUGAGCCGUGUUUAAAAGUUCCAAUCUGAAUUGUUGUUUCGGAGCCUGCGGCAGCUUUGGUGGAGGUGUUUCAAAAUUAUACAACAGAGGAAUAAACGAAACUUUAACUGGAGAAACUUGAGCAUGAACUGGAGGAGAGGAGGGCUGGGAAUAACAGGAAGAAGACUGAAUAGCAUUUUGAAAGAUACUAGGGCUGGGCGAUAUGGCCUCAAUAUCACGAUAUCACCCCCUCCCACAUUAUCUUCGUCUACUUCAGCUGCUACAACUUUUGAACCGUCCUCCAUCUCCUCACCUGUCUUUCCUUCUUUGUUUUGGACUGAAUGGGGUGGAGUCAUGUCUCUGAUGUAGGACCAUAGCCCCUACCUACACACAUCCAAAACCAACCUUUAUAUUUUUAUUUUUUUUGACACUGAUUAUAUUGACAUAGGCAAAAUGACGUCUGUUAUUGUCGUAAAUUUCAUUAUCUGUAAAUUUUCGGUUUCUCGCCCAGCCCUAUGAGAUACCUUCGCUGCAAUUGUCUCUUAAAGGGGCUUCAACCUGCAGUUCUCAGCUCUCGAACCCUCAGUUUUUGCUUCCCCCCACACACCUUCAUGAGUAGAAACAAACAAAACCUCAUUAUAGAAUCACCACUGACAAAUUUAGCAUGACCACAUGACUAAAAAAAACCCCACUCAGACUCUUUUGAUGACUUGUGUGCAGUUUAUCUGAAUAACCGUCCCCCCGCCAAUUCAUCGUCUGAAGAGUUUGUUUGAUAUUAUAAGCGAGAACAAAUGACCAAUUCUUAAACCGCUAUCUCUGGAAACAAUAAGUCACAAUCAGGAAACACAUGCGGUAAACUCGAGUCAGCGUAACCUCACAUGAUGUGACUCUUUAUUAGAACUGAACAGAGUCAAUUUAAAUGGUGAAGAAAUGAAACUAAGGGGUCUGAUCAUGUUUCAAAAGAGAAACUUAAAGAGGAUGUUUUAGAGCCACUUCGUAGGGGGACAAAAAUUGAUAUUUUAAAAGAAGAUUCAUACACAAAGUUUAGUCUUAGGUUAGCUAAAUAGCAGAAUUUUUCAUCUUUUAGCAUGUAUGCACCAUAUUGUCAUAGGUAAUUGGAUUUUGAAUAGGUUAUGUGAGAUACUAAAGAUGCAGCGUGUGUGUGCAUCUGUUGUUUGUAACUUACUGUAACAAGACGAUCGUUAUUUUAGAGCAGGCAGCUGGAUGCUCCUCAAAUAUCCCCUGUAUACGUAAUUUUAGCCCACAUAUACAGUAGAUAGGCCAGCUUUUCUUUUCUUUUCGUAAAAUUUUACCCUUAUUCUUGUCAGUUUAGGACUUUUAUCUCUUUAAUUGACUUUUUUCUCCUUAAACUACAGCUUAAUUUUUGUAAUUUACAGCGUUUCACUCAAAGUCUUGAACAUUACAACCCUGAAUGUGGUCUGAAUCCUUUGUUGUUUUUAAGUAAAUCAACUAAAGUUUCGUACAGAACCACAACUGGCAAAACACACAAAAAGUCCCACGCAACAGAGUAAUGAAAAAGUGAGACAAAACAGUAGUGAUGACUAAUAGAGUAGAAAACCUCAGAUGUUACAGCCCAUUAUCUCGAUGCUGCAGCCGUGUCUGUAAUGAUGUAAAUGGCCUCCACUUACAUUUGGAGCUGGCCAGAGCUCCCACUGAACCCUGUGACCACAGAGAUGAAGCAGCAAACAGCAGUCUGGGAGCAGCAAGCAGCUGGCACACACACACUCACAGACACACACACACACACUGUACACUCCCAGUUAUUUCCCACAGCUGUGAGUUUGACUCUUUCUGCACUCACAGUAUCGCUCUUAUCUCAUCACAGGGGGAAUUUCAUCAUUUGGGUUCAUAAUUUCAGCUUGUUUUUCAUUCCUGUCCUCAUUCCUCGGGUGCACUCUAGCUCCUGUUUGUGUGUUUGUGUGUGUGUGUGUGGAGCUCUGAUAAGGACACACACUUGCAAAGACUGAGGAGUUGUGUCUGUGUGCUGCAGUGCUGGCUUUUUGACCUCCCGUCGAGGAAGAGUGGCACUGAUCCAAACAGGAAAUGAAGCCAUAUAGGUCUCCCUGUGUGUGUAUUUCUGUGUGUGUGUGUGUGUGUGUGUGUACGCUCCUUGUGUUUCCUGCUGAUCCCUCUUGCUUGCCCGCCUGUGUGUUUUCACUCUCUCUCUCUCUCUCCUGCCUCUCCUGGUGGUCUCUCCCACUUGCCUGGCUGUGAGAUGCAGACGAGGGUUUCUGUAUUUCCUUUCUUCCUCCCUCACGGUCGGAUAUCUACACUCUUCGUGCCUUUUUCUGUCCUCGGUGGAUUAUAUUGACGUGUCUGAGUGUGAGGAAGAACGUCUGUCUGUGUGGUCUCUACCCUCUGGGCACAGGUUAUUAAAGGUUAAAGACACGGGUUUGAUAUUGGAAAGUGCCGAGCUGAAUCUAGAGAGUCCAGAGGAUGUUUUGAAUUAGUUAGAGCUUCCUUUAGAGGGCUUGACACUAACUUUUUUCACAAGGAGCACAUAGGAAUGUAGUAGGAAUGCACCAAGAAUUUUAGGGGCACGAUGAAAACUGUUUAAAUAAUGUGUGUCUUAUUGGUCGAUAUAAGAUAUUGGUCUUUUGGUCACAUGACAUGGCAGCUAUUAAAGGAAAUGUUCAAAAUUUGCCUUCAAAAAUUUUUAGAAGACAAAUUAGGGAAAUAAAGAGGUGUGUCUCAUUGUCUGACCUUAGUGCUUUUAUUUGAAAUCAAUUUUAGGUCAAUUUGUCAUAUGAUAUAGAAGCUAUUUAAGGAAAACAGCCUUUUCUUAGAACAUCAACCGGUAAUUUAUUGACAGUCCCUUAUUCAACACCUGACACCGGUAGAUCCGAUGUGAAUGUCUGUCGAAUAUCCAAUCUAAAACUAACUUCUCAGCAGUAUUUACAUGAAAAAAAACACUUGCCUCGCCGGAUGUUUUUUAUGCGCCCCUAAAUACAUUUUACAAUUCGCACACAUCUAUUUUUAGUCACAAAUGCAAGUGAAACGGUCGCACUGUCGAGCCUUUCUUUAGAGCAGUGGCUCUCAAGUCCAGUCCUCGAGCCCCCUUGUCCUGCAUGUUCUGGAUGUUUCCCUGCUCCAACACACCUGAUUCAAAUGAUCAGCUCGUUAUUAAGCCAUUUCAGAGCUUGAUAACGAGCUGAUCAUUUGAAUCAGGUGUGUUGUGUGUUGGAGCAGGGAAACAUCCAAAACAUGCAGGACAAGGGGGCUCGAGGACUGGACUUGAGAGCCACUGCUUUAGAGGAAUACUAGGACUUCAUGCACAUGGAACACUACAAAACAUAACAAAAAAAGUCGGUCUUGGGCUUGUGGCUCAUGGCUCUGGAGCUGGGUGGAAAUUAAUAGAAACCAAUGAUUAAAGUAAUGCAAACUGUAUUGAAAUUCCAAACAAAACACUUGGUACAAACCCAAAGAAUGCCAGACAAAAUGAACACAGUGAAACAAAUUCACAUCCAAAUAAUAAUUCUAAUUUAGGGCAAGUAAAUGGGGAGAAAACAAAAACAAUAUAUGAUAUAUGAUCCAUGAUACUAGAAGAUAUGAUUGGAUAUGAUUUGAUAAAAUACAGAAGAAUACUGUAUGAUAGGAUAUGAUACAAUAGGGUAGGAUUUGAGGCCCAAGAUUACAAUAUUAUCAAAAUACUGCAUUCCCUUGUUUUUUGGUUCUAAGGGGGGUUAGUGUAACUCUUAACUUCUUCACAUUGCUCCCCAUUCACACCAUGUAAAUAUUGAUAUUGAGGCGUAUCUGUAUGAGUUGAGAGCUCACAUUCUGGUUGGUAUGAAGGAUAACCUUGUAUUUUCUUCACGUCUCACCCCUUUUUAAAAUGAUUCCUCUGAUAUUAGUCAAACGGUCUGAAACCACCAAAAACAAAAGGAGAUUUUAACAUUUGUGAUGUUUCUAUUAAACAUGUUUGUAAGUUAGUUGAUUGGCUGUCAGAUUCAGCUGAAUGUCCCUCGUCACUGUUGCUGCGUUGGUUUCCAUGAAGGUGUUUGUAACUGUGUGAGUUGUAACAGCCUGAGUGUGAAGAGCUCAUAUCCACUCUGUCCAGCACGAGGUGAAGUGUGACUCAGUGCUGACGGGAAACGACCGCUGACUGACGUUUUUUGGGAGCCUGCGGUUCCUUCAGCUCUUACUUCUCUUCCCACUGCAGAGCAUCAUUAUUACCACAAUUUUUUCUCCCACUCAACGACCACUCUGCAAUUAAAUCUAAUCACCGCACCUCUGCUGUGCAGCUCGCCUUGCUGUCAUAAACACCACCGGUUUGAAAUGACUUCUUUCCUCGUACAGGAGCCACGAUCUACAGCUUCUGGUGUUUGUUAUUAUCUCCGUUGUUGUCUGGCUCUGAGUCUGGGCAUCAUGUAGUCUCACUCUCAACUUGUAUGUGAAGUUCACAGCUCAGUCAGGGAACAGUUUGGCCUCAGCCCAAAUCUGAGAUUGGCCAGUGUCAACCGAGGUGUUUCCAUAUGUGCUGUGUUAGCAAACAAAGCGUCGACCUUGGCUCGCAGUCUUGACUCUUUUUAAUCGACACUUCGGGGAGGAACAAUCCCUCCAAGGUUUCACACUUCCAGCCCUCUCAACCUCCAUCACACCCCACACGGGUUGAUAGAUUUACCAGAGGAAUCCGGUUUUCGAGGGAUGUUUAACAAGAAGCUGCCAAAGUGAGAACUCCCCCACGGGGCGACUGACCUCCCAUUUUGGCUCUGAGUGUAGAUGAAGCUCCGGCGUUUCUCUGUUUUGCACUAACUGCUCAGAGAAACAGAAUUCGGUCAUUCUGACUCGGCAGAUGACAAGCUUCAGAUGUUCUGGCUGUAAUCACGCUGAGAACCGGAGCAGACAAAGAGGCAUUGGCUCUGCUUUCACAGCUACUUUGGCUCUGUGGAGAAGUGGGGGUGUUGGACUGCGGUGCUGUGGGAGAUGACGCUGGACUGAGUGAGACGCAGAGGAUAGAAAACUGGGAACUACAGCCUGAAGCCUCAAGAAGAAGAAGAAGAAGAAAACAUGUGACAGGAAGUUUAAUGAGUCAAAUAUAGGACAGUGCGCCCUGGAGCAGUAGUUUUAUGAGUGUUUGUUCCCUGAUGGGUCACAAGACAAGCCUCAGUGGUCAUGAGAUGAUUGACAACGAGUGAAAUAAAACUUUCAUGACAAGAAAACAGAAGAAUUUGGAUAUUUGGGUGGACAUUUAGAAACCUGUGCUUAUUGUGAGGGGAAUUCUGCCGAAGAAGUGACGAACUCGACGCAACGAAUCAAGUCUAUUUAAUCCCAGCAAUACCUAAUCCAGCACCUGAUGAUGACGCCCAACAGCUGCAGUGUCCCAAAGGAAAUUGCCGCCAUAAAACUUUAAUGUCUGAGACAGAAAAGUCCUCUUCAGUAUCUGAUUUAUCACAGCCCGGUGUUAAAUUUCACUGACAUUUUAUUGCUCCACCACCAGGAUGUAAACAAGCACAGAUGACUGAUGGUACUUAGUAUUUUGAUCUAGAGAAGUAAGAAUCGAAAUCGCCUUUUUUAAGCUACUUUAACCCCAUGAAUUAACUUCUCCCUCCCUUCCUUUCAUGCUCAUAUCUUGUUGGUUUUUCUUCGUUUCCCUGAGUCGUACUCUGACUCCUGAUUCAUGAGUCACAUCGAUGCAUAAAACCACACGCCGCCUCGAUGACACAGCUGAAUUUUCUCCCCGCCGAGCUCUACACGUGUCGGUUUUUCCAGAUUCCGCGAGAGCGACGUCUUCCAGGACCUUUUCCCUGAGUAAGUUAUAUCAGGAAGCACAGGAAAUCGCUGUAGUAGGAGCCAAGCAGGCAGGUUAAGAGUAAGUGGGCGCAGCAGAGAAAAGCACACUUCAGCACUCGUAGCACUUAAUCAUAAAAUAACUGCUGGAACGAACCGAGCAUCACAAAUUGUUUAAAUCCGCUCUCGGGGUCGAGCGUGGGUAAUGAUGUGAGCAGAGCUCUGCGGAGAAAGAGCGUUCAGUCAUCUUAUCCCUGAGAAAAGGAGAAGAGACGCUCAUGUCCUCCUCAGACUGUCUUCACCCGUUAGCUGCUCCCUCCAUUGUGGUAAAUCAUCUCGUACAGUAAGCCCAGAAACGGAGGGUUCAGAUGUGUUUAACAGACGUGUGCUUCUUAGUUAUUAUCUCCUCAUAAUCCUUCAGAACAAGGAUUUUCAAUUCCUGGACUGCUGUAAAGACAAGCUUAUCUUCGCUCUCAGCCAGCUCCGGCCUUUAAUAAGACCCUGCGCCACGUCCGAUUUCAUAAUCACGUCGUGCUCGUUUUGAUGAUAUUACACGCCAGUAAAAACGUGUCCUGAUGUUCUUGGGCAGCAAACCCUGUUAACUGAAUAGUUGUCAGUGUUGUAAUACCUCAGAGGAGCAGGAGGUAGAUGAUGCGCUGACAGUUUUCUGGAACACGUCUUUUUAAAGAUUCUCAAAAUAUCAAAACAACCAGUGAGUAUUUGAACGUCUCAGAUUGGAAGUUUUGGAAACAUGUAUUAACCAGCACAUAAAAUACAUGUAAUCUACUCAUGCAUCCCUACAUUAUUUCAGUUAUCUUCUCUAUAUCCUUGUAUUCCCAAUUAUUAAUAAGGAUGAAAUACAUAGAGCAUACAGGAAAAUAGGGCUGGACAAUAAACCGAAAAUUUACCAAUACCUAAAUUUACGUCAAUAACCAAAAUAAUAAUUAGCCAUAAUAAUAACCAGAAUCAACCGAACUCAACUACACAAAUUUACAGCAAAAGAAACAAACAAAAGAAAGUGUGUAAAAGCAACAGGGUAAGAUGACAGUAAAAUAAACAACUUUUUGAUAUCUGAUGAAUUAGGGCUGGGCGAUAAACUGAAAAUUUACUGAUACCCAUAUUUACGACAAUAACUGACGUCAUUUUGCCCAUAUCUGUAUAUUGGGUGUCAAAAAAAUAAAUAAAUGAAAGUUGGUUUUGGAUGUGUGUAGAUAGACUAUGGUCUCAUGUUUGUUUAAGACCGUAACAAAGAGGGAAAGACAGGUGAGGAGAUGGAGGACGGUUCAGAAGUUGUAGCGGCUGAAGUAGACAAAGUUCAUGUGGGAGGGGGUGAGCAGCUUGUUGAGUAGUUAUCGUCCAUUUAUCGUCAACGAGGUGAACUGCUCAAUGUAUCGUGAUAAUGAUUUGAGGCCAUAUCGCCCAGCCCUACAGAGGUGGAAACGGAGGAAAAUACUGAAAAGAGUGGACCCAAUAAGAAAAAUUCUCCCACUUCUUGAACUCUUUAUACCCCACCAUAUUGACAUGGUGGAUUUAAGGCAUAGCUGCAAACUCUUGUACAAUCUUAGCCAAUGAAAACAAGGUCAGAGACUGAAGCCGUUUUUUAAGUACCAGGUUGUAAAGAUGUUUUCUCCUCUCUGUAAAAAUGGAUAUUUUUAUAAGGGCUCCAACAGAGUCUUCUUGGCCUCCUUGGUCCUUAAAUGGAUCCAAAAGGAACUGCAGUUUUUUUGGACAUCCCUACUGGCUUCAUGUGUCAACACCCGAGGUUUAUGGUAUCGACAAGUUUAGCAUUUCUCCAGAAGAGUCUGAUCCAAUUUGAGAUAUAACCAUCUCAAUCCUUUUAUGCAUUUUCUUAUUUCUUGGGUCAGCUAGAUUUUUAAACUUUUGCUUGUCUUGUUUGCCUGUAAUAACAUCCAGUUUUAUGAUUGUUAUUAUUUAACUUUAAACAGAAAAAAAAAUGAAUCUUUAGUUUGUUCUUUAUGCAUUUAUUUCCUCCCGCCUGUAGCUGAAACACUUCCUGUCUCUAUCUAGAGUUGAAUGCUAUCAAUAGUCAUUUGUCUGGCGUAACCACACACGCUCACAGACACGUUGGUAUGUAGGGUGUGUUUGGUCGGUUGCAGCUCUUUCCCCAUGUUGUAUGUAAGCUCACCACUACGCCUACAGUACACGCUGUGCAGUUUUAUGUGUUUGUCGGCGUGUUUGUGCAUAGCUUGGGUUUUAUUGAGGAUAUCAUCCCAUGGCCAGUCUGCCAAAGUGCUGAAAAGGCUGUUUUCUUGUUUCUCUCUGUUUCUGUGCUGAAGUGAAACCGGCUGUCUUGAUCCCAUAUCAAAGACUCCCUUUUUUUCCCUCCUGUCUGGUCUCCUCUUACCUCAUCCUUCAAAACACCCAGUGUUUGUCUGGUAGGAAGAUGUCAAGUUACGUUUGCGUAAGGCUUCAAAAUUCCAGUCAUGGUCUUUUCGAUCGGCUCUGCCACUGAACCGCGAUUUAUGCCCCCCUUUUUUCUGAUCUUAUGUGGAUGCAGUCUGUCGAUGUGUGACCUGUUUUCCAAGUACCUCAACCCAACCCGAAUCAACCCCUCAGAGUGGGCCGUCUGAAGCUGUCUGAGAGGGACGGCUGGGUCAGAUAAGUUCACCGUGGAAAAGAAAGCAGAGCUCCAUUUUCAGAUUUAUCAUUGACACAUUUUUCAAGGUGCUUGAUAUAAAAAGAAGUGAAAACCAUGAAGCGUCUGCGCUCUUAUCUGUAUUGCAUACACUAAAUUGAUCGUCUAAGAUUUCAGUCAAAGGCACACACGCUUAGAAAAUUAGAUUUUCAGUUUCAAUAUUUGAGGUGCUGUCUCAUCCCGACUACUUAAGAAUUGGAGUGCUGUAAAUCGGGGAUGUUACCGCCUCUGAAUUUGGGGAACUCGCCAUCUUUGUCUGGGCGAAAUAAACUAUAAAUAUGUGAUGUUUCUCAAAAGUAGAGGUGUCCAGAUACAACUUUUUUACUUACUUUACGAUACCGAUGUUGUAGCCUUCAGUAUCAGCCAAUACCGAUAUUAACAAACUUGUGCAUGAUAAGUUUUGCACUCAGCUGCAAUGUCUGCCAGCAUCACUCCUUCUCCUUGCUAUUUUGUUGGUACCUUAGUACACACUGUUGUUGUGAUUACAUGGGCUCUGCAUGCUGGAUCCAGGCGCUGCUAGAUAGAGGUGCCAGAGUGGAAUCUGGAAUGGACUGCUUGCAUGUCGAUAUAAUCCGAUAUUUGUUUUUUGGCUGAUAUCAGACCGAUAUCAGAUACCAAUAUUGUAUCGGGACAGCCCUACUCAAAAGGUUUGUAGGAUCAAUAGUCAGACAUGUUCUCAUUGGUGUCUGCUAAGACUGCCCAGGGUGGUUAAAGCAUCACUGUUUCCUUAAAUGACGUGGUGAACCUCCAUUAACGUCCCAGGGUUUUAAAGUCCAAACAUUCCCAAUUUUGGACUUUGUUUGCCGAAACUUUCCAACCAAAACGGCAACACUCUGAAUUUAAAAAAAGAAAAGAAAUAAAUAGCAAUUGAGACGUAUUUAGGCACUUGUUGCUACUAACAACACAACAAGAGUUUCUCAUCUUGACUCAGUGACUCACUCAUGUUCAAUAAUGGGAAGAACUUUUCCAGUCCAAAGUGAUCUCAAGUGGAUUUUUUUGUCUGUCUGGCGAGGACAUGUGGAUGACGGCGGUGUUGGCAGCAGCCAAUGAAUGACCUCAAUCCUUAAACAAACCGCUCAGGUGGCGCGCUUUUCUCUGGUUGUGGGAAGAACUAGGGGGGAGGGUUGAAAAAAAACUGGAAGAAUGCAAAAAGACAACAAACUGGAAGGACGUGGGGAGCAGGAGAUGAUGGAGGCGACCUGUAGAAAGAGUCAUAAAAGAAAAGUGGGGGCUCUUAAAUCCUAAAAGCCUGUAGCUGAUGGAUAAACCUAACAAACGCCAGAGCCAGAAAUGUCCGUGUUUGGGGAAAACACCCGCAGGCUCUCAGCAGAUGGGUGACAGUGGCUGAAAACACAUUUGAAUGAUCCACCUUUUCAUUUUGGCAAGAUGUAUUCAGACUUCUUUCCCCUUCCACUAAACAAACGGACCGUUGGGAACAAGUAAACGCCUUCAGUCCCAGGCAAAAAGUCAAGGGAAGAGACGAGCUGUUUAGAGGCUAUUGCUCAGAUUGGAGCUCCCCACUGUGUGGGCCAAAAAGGGGUCAAGCCUGAAUGUGGACUUCGGCUUUGACAAUUGCAUUUUUGACAGAUCCGGUCCCCGUUCUUUAAGCACAGGUCAGUGGGUUAGAAAAGCGCUGUCAACAGAGUUCAAGCUCUGAAGAUCUCAGCAUGGGAAAGUUUUGGAUUCACACCUCUGAAAACACUUUUAUAACAUCAUCUCACAGGGUUACUUCCUCUGAAUACAGGAAGGAGGUGACCUCACACCAUUUAGCCCUCUCACUUCCCUCCAUUACCAGCUGCAGUGAUGUUUGUCCAAAACCAGACGCCUUACAAAUUUAGUUUCAGUUUUGCAAUGACAGUCAUCUUGUAGUUUAUUUUCCUCUUUUCAAGUCAGGUAAAGUCAGCCUUUACUUAUUUAUUUGGGGAAUUUAAAAAGAAUUAUCGUGAAAAAAAGUGCUUUACAAAGUUAGAAGUAGAGAGAAAAUCGGAAGGGGCCCAGGACAGACCCUUGAGGGACGCCACAAGUAAGAAGGUUAGCUUGAACCGCCUGAGUGCGACACCCUAAAUUUAAAUGCCACCUACUAACCGGAACAAGAGGCAGCCUUCAGCUCAACGAGUUUCAUUUCUGUGAUGUGGUUUAACCCAAGACUGCGACUUUUCACAUAUGUCAUGAUCGGCUUCAUCUACAUGUCCCGGACUGUACAAAUCUCUAUGAUAGGUCAGUGUGCCUGGGGCGAUGUGAGGUGAAAGUAGGCUAAAGCUUUAUUUUGGAAGUAAAGCCAGACCAAGAAUGGUUGAGCUUUUCUCUACUCCUCCUUCCAUCUGGGCCCACGGUUUCCAAUCCCCGAACCCCAUCAUUCCUCUGCAAAUGAAAGCCAGAAAGACUGAUUAGAUUUUGGCCCACUUGAUUCCAGACAAUCAUGAUUUAUGACACUUUGAGAUUUAGGUAUUAUCUCCAAUCUGGGGCUUAGCUGGUGGCUCAAAUACAAUAGUAGAAGAGUCCUGCUGUACUAGAGUUCAAAGUAUUACUCAAAAGGAAUAUUUCUGUUUUGGUUUGUUGGAAGGACUUUGUCAUGGUACGUCUUUUUUUUUCUGUCUAUUUAAGAGAGUCUCAUGUUGAGGUUGAAAACGAUGACUGCUGUCAGCACUCUGUCACCGCUCGAUACUCAGACAGACAAAACAGAGCGCUGGAUCUGAACGGAUGUUUCCCCUUUCUAUGAGAAGUCUCCAAGGGAGCAAUUAUGUAUGAGCAACUUCUCCUGUCAUGAAAUAUUGAUUCCUCUUUUUCCUGCAGUUUGGAACAAUCAACUUUCUUGUAUCCUUGCAUAUCCUGGAAGCUUUUUACACAGACACUAGAGCCUGUCAGCCCGCUGUUUAAAAUUAGACUGAUACUGUCCAGAGUUGCACUAAAUGCACGCUACUGGACUACAUAGACGUCCGCUGGUGUUGAUGCUUUGAGUUGAGUGAUACUUGAAGACCAAGUCAGUCAUACAGUGGGACAGUGCGGCAUAAAGAUACAGAGCUGAGUCCAGCUCCAGAUCUCCGUGGCAUGAAAGGAUUCCUCUGUUGGUCCUGGUGGCUGACUCCUUCCCCCCAGUGAGAGACCAUCGCUUUAGAGGUCUGCCCUCAGCAGACAUUACAGCCUUUCAUCUCUCAGGGGGAGGGCAGCUGCUCCUGGACUCCUCUUGGGAGUCGAAAGAGAGUGGCGGUGAAAUUUCUGAACAUCAAAACCACCUGGACUGUCUUGUUCAAGACUGUGCCACCCCUAAUAUCUUAUACAGAGUCAUUAUUCUACCACAAUUGAUUGUAUUAGUGCGCAUUGACUGUUGUGAAUCCAUUUACGCCUUGGUGAUGAAAAGCACAGCCUCGUAAUUUCAUUAAACCUUCUUAAGCGGCUGUACGACGACUCCAUGCGGUCCCCGGGGGGUUUCUUGUUUGCAUGUUACGACUUCCCAAUGAGACAUCGAUCACAUCUUCUCCUCUGUCAUUUACAGACGGUGGACAUCCACAAAGAGAAAGUGGCCAGGCGGGAGAUCGGGAUCCUGACGACCAACAAGAACACGGCGAGGACCCAUAAGAUCAUAGCGCCGGCUAACAUGGAGCGGCCGGUGAGGUACAUCAGGAAGCCGAUUGACUACACUGUACUGGACGAUGUCGGCCAUGGCGUCAAAGUGAGUCCAUCUAACAUCCUCUGCUCGAUGUUAUGUUUAAUUUAUGUCUUCUUCUCUGUCCUGAAUCUACUUCCUAAUCAGAUUAAUCUAUCUCGGCUUCGUUCUUCCACUUUCUUCCUCAACUAUAUCUAAUUUUCUCCCCUCCCCCUUUCCUCUAUCUCUCCCUCUCUCCAUCUUGCCAGAGGUAUUCCUAUCUCCCUCCUUCCUCCCUCUCCCUCUCCCACUUUGACUCGUUUUCUGGCUCUCGCUCCAUCUCUUGUGCUUUCUCUUUCAUCUUCAGAAAGCACCCCUCCUGACCCUACAGGAAUAUGUUUCAGUGUGGGUUGGUGGGAACGGGUUGGGGGUGGAGAUGAACUGAAAAAGUGAUUACAUCAUACGGCUUUCAGAAAAUAGCUCUAUUCUUAGAGCGCUGCGAAAAUGGCAAAUUUGCGAGACCUUUUUAAAGGCACUUAGGCUCAGCACGCCCCCGUAAUCCCGUUCUUCAGUUUCUUUAAAGAAGAAUCGAGUCGGUACGAUGAGGUUUGUAGCUCAAAUCCGCGCUGGACUGAGAUGAUCUCAAAUGAUCAAAGCGCGAUAUUUCCACUCUCUCUCCUCCAUCAGGACUCGCUUUUCAGGUCACGGGGUCAUCCUGAAAGUGGUGGUAAUGACAUCAUUUCCUGAUGGCCCCGGGCGGUUUUCGCCAUCCCGAUCCUGCCUCCUAAGCCUACCCCCCCCACCCCAUCAAUCAGCCAAUCAAUCGUAGCUUUCACACAGAUUGGAUUAGAGGCCCCACAUUACCGUCCCGUAGCAUUAGAGGCAUUGAUAAGGCCGGAUAAAAGCCAUUGUGUCAGUCACAAUUUACCCUGUGUGGAAUUAGGUUGGACGCUUCCAUCAUGAUGGAGUCAUGUGAUGGCUAAUGGGGAGUGAAGUGUUUUAUCCCAGCGUGCAGGUCCAUGUUUUCACAGAUUAUUCUGGGUUUAAGUGUUGGAAAAUGUUCUGACUUAAGACUAUCAUAAAGCAAGAGUCUUUAGAUAAAUUAAGAAAUGUGUGUUAUUCUCUUUCCAAUGAGAAAAACAAUCAAUUCUCAUGUCUAUAUGCUAAAUGUAAGAUUGGGCAGAAGGCUUUUAACUUAUGCUGUGUUCCAGUUACCUCAGAAGUCGGAGCUUGGAAUGAUGUUACACCCGAGUUGACAGCGUUUCAGUUAACAAGUUGGAAAACCAGGAUGGACGCCUACAGUUACCCAUUUUUAGAUAUUGUUUACAAUUGUCAGCUGUUGUUAGCCGUUGUUAGCGAUACCAGUUGUAAACAACGCAUAACACAGUAUUUUACUCUCACAAACACCGUAGCACCGUGUUCAUAGUUAAAUGUUGCGCAGUGCAAGAUAUACCACUUAUUUAAUAUCACAAAAAACAAACAGAAGUGCUAAUGAAUAAUACAUAAGAACUUUUACUGUUACUCUUUACUGUCGAUGCACUGCGCUGCCAUCUUGAAUUAUGACGUUGUCGUCAAGUCGGGGUUGGCGAGGAUCGUCCGACUUUCCGAGUCAGAAAUCCGACUUCAGGGGUGCGUUCCAGAUGAAUAUCCGACUCGUAGCUCGGAAAUCCCGACUUCUGAGUACAACUGGAACGCAGCAUUAUCUUUGGAAAUAACCAGCCUGGCUCUGCCUUCAAACUCUGCUUUCAUACAAGAUAUUAUCAUGUAUUUUAUAGCGUCAACACAAGAAAACUUUGAAGAGAUCCGGUUUACUUUCUAGUCUUAAUGCUAAAGCUCAGCCAACAGAUAUAUGGCUAACUAUGAACAUACGUUAGGGCCUGUGUCCACCAGCAGUGUUUUUAGCACUCCCAAAUAUAUUGACUUUUAUGUCUGUUUUGAUUUGAUUCACUGAUAUUUACAUAGUGGUGUUGUAAUAUUAGCAGCAGCUAUACUCUGAAAAUGCACACAUGAUAAAUGACUGCGGUUAGUUUCUCGUCUGAAUUCACUUCCAUUGUUGACAAAAUUGGUAUCAGAACUCCCACCCCUUCUUGAUUUUGAUGGCCCGUGAGAAUUCACAUUAAUGAGUGCAACACUCUUCGUAUGAUGCUAAUCUGUUGUUUACUUUGGAUGCUAACACUGGACAUGCUUGGCUGCAUUGUUGCUGUCAGUGGACACAGGCCCUUAUUCAUUACAAGGUAUCUCUCUAUAUGUAAUACAAUCUAUUAUCUAUAUUCAAAUAUUACAUUUUGGUCUACUUUCAAACACAAUUUGAUUUAUGCACAUGUUUUAAAAUUGCAGGCACUUUGUAAAUUAAAAGCCCUCACCACUUUAAUUCCACGCAGCAAACUAAUACUCUGGCACUUCUUAUCACGGAGCGUGAUCUCCACCGCCAGAUGGUGUUUACCCAAUCAUGAAAUUGUAGAUGUUUGACUUUUCUGUUAUGAGCAGAACCACAAAAACACGCUGCAACCAUGUGCUGGAGUGUGACGGAGCAAAGAGGCUAAAAUCAUCAAAUUCUGGUCUAGCUGGUUGUGGGAUUGACCCCCCUAGUGAUGGUAUGAUCACAUCUCGGAAAAUUUAAGAUAUAUUGUUAAAGAGACAUAGCCUGACGGCGAGACAGUACGUGAGGAAAGAGCUACCUUUGGACAACAAUGGAGAUAAAGAUAAAAAUGGUAAAAAGAAAGAGUAAAACCUGAUGGACUAAACAAGAAAAUAAUAUUAAAUGAACAGAAAAGAAAUAGCUCUUUACCAUGUAAAAGGGGUAAAAGAAAGACUAAAAACAGAGAUAAAAGAAACAUAAAGAACUUUGAUUAAAAUAAACAUUUGCAAUAAGAGAAAUAUAAAAAGGUGGUCAGUGAAAAUCCUGGUUAAAAAGGUGAGUCUUGAACCUCUUCUUAGCCAUUAUAACACAACACUGUCAUAUUACAAGUUUCAAUUCUCAGUAAACAUUACCUUUUACUUUGGAUUUUCUCCUUUUAUGAUAUUUCCACCAAACACUGUGUUUCAGUGAGUGAAUAUGAUGGAGGAUUCAGACUCGCAUAUCCACCACAGCCUGCGGCGGCAGCCCUACAUCACUCUCCUCCUCUCAUCUACGCAUGUCACAGACCAAAGAGCCAAUCGAUACUCGACAUCAAUACUCCAUAUUAAUUCAUACACAGGCCUGUGACGGCUGCUGUCAGAACCCGGCUUGUAUAGAAUAUCUAUAUCUGUGGUUUACUUACCGACCAGGAUCGAUACUUUAAUGGGAGUUUAAAUCAUGAGUGUUGCCUCUAGUAAAGUGUGAACAGCGCAACAGCUGCCUGAGUGUUUGCACUGGCCUGGAUGCAGAACUAACAACAAAGCAUGAGCAGAAACACAAAGGAUGAGCGCAACACCACGCAGCGUUCACAUACAUUAUUAAAAAGAAGCCGAAGAUCCAAAAGGAGAGGAGAUGAAGGUGAAAGCGCCUCUAAAGAUGAUCAGAUUUCUCUCUGAACACAGCAGCAUCGUAUUAAUAAUAAGUCGAAUCCGACACAUCGGGCUGUUGCUGCAUCUCAAGUCGCUCCGACUGUGACGUGAUGCUUUUUAGCUUUAAUACCAAAGAUGAGAUUUAUUCAUCCAGUCAGCUGAUGUUUAAUCUAGUCAGGGGGGAUUUUGGGAAUCCAGAGAUGAUGAUGUCAGGUGUUUGAAGCUUGAUUGCAGCCCUUUGAUAUUUCAUGUUGUGUCGGUUUUGAGUUUACAAGAUUAGUUUAAAGUAACAGCUCAGGGUUUUUUGAGGGACUGUAAUAUUCCUCUCAGCGGAGUCAACAAAGUCAUGACUGUGUUUUUAAUUUCUCUCUCUGUCUGUCUUUGCAUGCGCACGCAUCAGCACUGUCCCUGUAAAGCCUUUAGUGUCUGGAGCAGGAGUUUUUCACAUUAGAGUCUAUGUACUGCUCCCUCUUUUGCCGCUACUCCUACAAAAUAAAAGAAAAUCAAUCAUUUUUCAAAAUAAAGCUUGUUUUGUUGACAGCAUCGUUUCUUAAGACCCGUUGAAAGCCAGUCCAUUAUCCAUAAAAUGUUCGUCUUGCAGAAAACUGACAAGAGUAUAGAAACAGUAAGAAACAGGCUGAUUUUAUCUUGUUACAUUAGAUUUAAAAAAAACACUUUUGCACAGUCAUGAACAGACUUGCAUGUUUUGCAUGUCUACAGCUUUAAUAAAGGGCAUGUUUGAGACAUAAAUUGGGUUGGUGGUUGAAGCUCACUCUUGAGUUGCAGCCUUCAAGUUGCGAAAACACAACAUGGCUUCAAAACGGGACAGAGCCAUUGUUCAACUAACUAUACCAGAUCUUUUUUAACACUACCAAAAGAAAAAGGAGUUUUCUUUGUGAGGAAAUACAGGAAAAGUAAAGCAAGUCUGCAUGUGAGACGAGAAACAUUGUUCAACUUUGUGAUAAAUCCAAGUAUGCAUAUCCGCUUAAACUCUGAGUUUCUAUGUCUAGCUGCUUUUCACUUGUUUUACAUGCAGGGGCGGGUCUUGGGGGGCCAUGUUUAGGGUUUGCUGCCAUUUCAUUUACACCAAACAUUUUCUUUUUUUAUCAAGUCAUUUUUCGGCAUGUUUGUUUAAAAUACUCACAUUACAACAAUGAUGAAGUUAGUUGUCUGGCUACUCUGGAUUCCCCAAAAAUGUCGCGAAUAUUGUCAUACUAUCCAGGCUAGGGGUCGAUCGAUAUUGAUUUUUCAGGAUCAGUACCAAAACUAAAACUAGUACUGAUUAUUUGUUUUUCACGAGACCAAUCAUCGAUAUGCAAUUGAAGUAAGAAUGAAGAAUUUUAAAAACUUAGCGUAUCAGAACUGAAACAGUCAACUAGGGCUGGGCGAUAUGGCCUCAAAUUAAUAUCAUGAUAUAUUGAUCAGUUCACCUCUAUAACGAUAAAUGGACGAUAACUACUCCACAAGCUGCUCACCCCCUCCCACAUUAACUAUGUCUACUUCAGCCGCUACAACUUUUGAACUGUCCUCCAUCGCCUCACCUGUCCUUCCCUCUUUGUUACAGACUGGAUGGGGUGGAGUCAUGUCUGUGACGUAGGACAGCGUCUUAAAGGGACAUGAGACCAUAGCCUACCUACACACAUCUAAAAAUACCAAAUAUACCGAUAGGAACAAAAUGACAUGGGUUAUUGUUUUCCAUAAAUUUUCCAUUUAUCGCCCAGCCCUACAAUCAACAUCAUGUGACAGUUAACCAGUCACACUUCACAGGAACGCUGCAUCAAACAGUGGCGAGAUGUCUAGUCAAUCAGAUAGUUUUUGGGUGGGGGAUAGACAUAGACAUAGAGGAAAUAGAAAGACACCAGCAGCAGAGCACAGAAAUCAGAGACUGAUCACUAUCUGUUUAAUAAAGAACAGAUACAGAUUAUCAUCCAGAUAUCAAAUAUCAGCUCAGAUAAGCAGCACAGAUUAAAAUGCACACUAUGGUAAGAACUAAAAAUAGGGUUUAUUAUUACCUCAAGUGUCAGGCUCAUAAAUGAACCUCUAAGUCACAUCUUUAGAGGAGAUAACAGCUUGGUUGUUGUCUCACUCAUUUCACUCUCCUACUGUGUGGACUCUGAUUUUGGGGGUGUCUCUUUGGUCCUCACCCUCCACUCAUGAUUUACAAUGUCCACGAUCUCCAGCACUGACCUGACAGACUCCCUGAACUCACAGACUGCAGUGCUCCAGUUUCUCACCAUUAAGCCUUUUGGACUUGAUAACGACCUUAAUCUGAACCUGUCUGUCCACCAUUCAACUUGGAUGUAACUAAAGCUUUUUUUUUUUCACACUGAGUCUGGGUCUGUGCAGCCAAACACAGAUACCGCGUUUCCCAGAGAGAUAAGGAAAGGCAGUCGCGGGGCCUUGGCAUUUCUCAUGACCUACAUUGUAAAUAGAAUCUCAUUUAGCUUUGAUAACCCCAGGGUGGGUUAUAUUUAAAUGUGAAAUUUACCAUUCACAGCUUUAUCAGAGGCUUUUUUUUUUUCAUUUUUCAUGCUGACCUUUGCCUUGAAUUUGCUUUUAGUUUCAUUUUCUAUUUUCCUCAUGGUCUUGUGAAGCUCCAGUGCUCUCCUGCAAAGGCCACUGGGGAAGCUGCAUUAUAGAUGAGCCACUUGACUCUGCAGUUGUCAAACUGGAGAUAAACCCUGCUGCUGUGUUGCCUUUAUAUUCUCUUUGACAUCUGCCCACUCGAGUACAAAGGUGUUUUUUUUAUCGCUGCCAGUAAUGUGAUAACAUUAUCUCUUUCUGUUUGAGCUCAAGUGUGUCUAAAAACGUAUUUAAAUAUACAUAAACGCUCAGUUUGUUUAAAAUACAUAUUUUUAUGUCCGCCAUGUUCACCUCAAACUCCCUCUUCAUCAGAAUAUCUCCGUCCUCUCUGAGGUUUCUCCUGUCUGACUUUGACACAGGGUGUGGUACUGUAGGUCUGACUGAACAGCCACAGUGUUUCCUCUGGUUGUAACUGCUGACCUGCCCAGGUCUUACAAAAUGUUUACUCAGAGUAAAUACAAUGGGGAGUGAUUUUUUUUUUUCUCUCCUCCUGGUUGUACUUUGCCUCCUCUGAUCUGUUGAGACAUGGCCGUUUUGACAUGCCCUCUUUCUGUCUCUCUCCUCUUUGUCUGUCUAUUUUCCUUUGCCUCCAUAAGUGGCUAAAAGCCAAGGUAAGUGUGGUUUGUCACAUGACCCAUUGUACUUUAAUGCAUAAUUGAUAGACCUGCCCAACUCCCUUUCACAGCAGACCCCUGUACAUGUGGUUACCUUUGUCAUUCCCAUGUUAUUCCCAUUAACCAACUUGUUCUGUAGUCCCCUUAGCCCAGAAAAUCCCGGCUCUGUAACCUCCCUCACCAAACCCCCUCCCCAAAUUACCUACCUCUGUCCUUAUGUGUUACUUAACUGUCCACAAAUGUUGAGUACUCAACUUUAAAACCUUAUAGGCUUCCCAGACAACAAAAACAGCGGCGCUGAUAUUAAUGAAUUGGCUAUUCACAACUUAAGUACCUCCCAAAAAGUCAUGAUCUUGUGUAAAAUGUGGAUAAAAACUGAUUUUAAUCAUUCAAAACCUUAAAUUAAACUGAUAUGAAAGCCGAUUUUUCAAAUUAUUUUAUAAAACUGAAAGAUUUUUUCGUGUGUGAGUAAUAUUCUCAGUGUAAAAUUGUAAAUUAUUUCAGGAUUUUAUAUGAAAACUGAUAUUUAUGGACAUUAUCUUUGAGCCCUUGAGGAUUAGUGCAUUAAAAUAAGCCUGACUCUGUAGUGGAAGUCACCGCAUGGGCUCAAAAUCACUUCUUAAAAACAUUUCUGUGAACGCAAUCCAUUACUGCACCACAUAUGAGGCUAAAUCAAUAAAAUUCAUCAGUUCUUUUAGCUUAAUUUGAAGUUUUGAAAAUCUGUUUUCAUCAGUUUUACACAGCAUUUCAAGUUUUUUGGACCUGGUAUGAAGUUAAUCUGUAGUUACAUGUUUGUAAAGGCAAAAGUGUUUCGUAAGAAGCCUUGCUGAACCAACCCAGAGGUUUAAAACCUGCAAUCAGCAGCAAACACCCAGCGCCUGAGUCAGAAACACGCUGGGUUAACAUUACACACACACACACAGCUAAAACAUAUACAUCCAAGCAGUGGAGCUGUUUUCAUCUGGGCAGCCUAUAACUAUUAAUUUUUGUCACACAAGUUGUAAUCAUCCGUAAUUUGUCCGCUAAAUGAGCACCUCUUUUUCCAACCACAGCAACAUGGAAACAAUCAGUCAAUCAGAGGAGGAGGAACGCUAUCGAGGACCAAUCCGCCGACGCAGAAACCACCGAGCCCUCCCAUGUCAGGGCGCGGCACGCUGGGGUAAGCGUCCCGUGAAAGCAAGAUUAAUCCUCUAAUUAUGAAACACUGAAUGAAGGAAAAAAACAGCUAAUAAAGGGGCGAUACGAGAACAUGCAGUCAAGUAAAAUUCAGCAAUUCCAGGACGUUAUAAUUUCAUUCAAGUGUGAUUUGUAGGUUUUGCUCUCAUAUAUAUUUACGGAUGACAAACUGAUUGAAGUGGAAAGGAUUUAGUAAAGUGGAAAUCUGUGAACUCCUGACAGGUCUCACACCCUGAUGAACUCAGCCACCGUCUGGUGCGCCGCAGCAGUUUGCAUACCUAAUCAGAUAUUAAUUCGAGGGGUAAACUGGCCUGAAGUUUCCCUCGGCGGCGUAAAAUUAGGAUUUAAAAUGCUCAAGAGCAGUUUUGAUAUCAGGAUCACUCUCACCCUUGAUUUAUGUUUCCCCUUUGUUUGCCGCUGCAGACGCAACACGCCCUACAAAACCCUGGAGCCGGUGAAGCCGCCGACGGUGCCCAACGACUACAUGACCAGCCCUGCCCGCCUGGGCAGCCAGCACGGGCAGCAGCACAGCCCGGGCCGCACGGCGUCAGUCAACCAGAGGCAACGCACACACAGGUGAAUACAGAAAAACCAGCACAGAUCCACAAACUACUGAUCCAGAAUGAUGAUCACUCUCUAUCUAUCAAACAUAAAUGCAAAAUAUUCACUGAAUCUGCUUCUCAAGAGUGAGGAUUAUCAGCUUUUAUCAAAUCAAAUCAAACUUUAUUUAUAAAGCGCUUUCAUACAAAGAUGUCAUACAAAACGCUUUACUGUUUAUUAUCAGUGUUACAUCACCUGGUUUAUUAUUUUACAACUAAUACUUUCACUUCAAUCAGCUUUAUGAGCUUUACAGUUACCUGCAGUGAUUUAUCGACUCAUUGACGAAUGGAUUUAAUCACAAUCAUAGAAGGAAAUGAGUCUUCAAUGAAAUAAUUAGAGCAAGACUCCUAAUAGAGAUGCAGAAGGAUUAUGUUGUUGCAUAAGAGAUUCACCGAGCAGUCAUAUUUAUUUGCACUUUGCUCAAAAUGUAGACACAUAGAAACCGAAAGAGACGACCACACACUGAAACACGACAAAGUCCAGUCAGGUGUAUUUGUAACGCCAAAAUCCAAACACAACAAGUCGAUAAAGUAAAAAAGAAAAUUCUGGGAGCGCAACAGAGGAGCUCUAUUUUUUCUCAAGCAGGAGUGCAGUUGUGCUGCAAGUACAUGGUCUAGCUAGAGUAGAGGUACAAUAUAUAAGGUGCCUCCAAAAAAUGCAGGAACACAUAAAGAAAAGGACCCACAGGAUAGGGCUGAGCAAUAUGACUGAAAAGUAAAACGUCAGUAUUUUUCACAGCAGUUUUUGAUAUUUUUUCCUAUUUAUUUCCUUUAGUAAAACAAAAUUAUUAAUCAGUUCACGUCUGUCGUCUUCAGGGACGUAGGCUGAUCGGACUCAGAUACAUUACAGAUGCAGAUCUUGUGAGACGCAUUUCUCCCACUGGGCUCUGUUUAUAUACAAGCAUUUACAACUAUGCUUCCCAUAGUUGUAAGGAUUUAGAGUUUUAGAAAUCUAGAUUUGCAUUUUUAACCAUUCUCUUAAUCCACUUUUAUUAAUAAAAUCAGUUUUAUCGCCCAGCCCUACAGAUCUUCUAAAUCUACUUAAACAUAAAGCCUGCUGCAUAAGCGCAGUUUUAAUAUAAAAGUGCACUUACAUAAAUGAGUAAAAACACCCCGACAAACUUAGAUGAACACAUUAGUCAGUAUGAAGCCUGAUAUUAAGUUCAGCAGAAAGACUUGCAUGAAAAAUCUAAUGGAAAAAAGUUAGAGUGUCAAUCAGCGUCCCCCAGAUUUUAAUUCUGAGGUACUUUAUAUUUUUAUUCUAAUGGCUGUGAGUGAAAUAAGAGCAGCAGCUACACCUCUAAACUGAACACUAAUUGUGCACUCAGUGUUUCAGUAAUGUGCUCAGUAAAACAGCCCUCUAAAAACCAGCGGUCCCCUCCAUGUCAGGUAGCUCUAAUCUCUUCAUUUAGUUCAGCGGCUUUAAACACUUUCACACUCCUCCUCCUCCUCCUCCUCCUCCUCCUCCUCCUCUCCGCUGCACUAAAUCUAACGUUUGUCUGACAAGGCUUCGAGGAUUUCUUACCACGGCCAGGAUCGCUCUGAUAUUAAUAUCUGUAAAAGCUUCUGAUAUAAAGUGCCGUUUGAAAAACUCAAACGACCGCAUGGAAAUCCUUGAACGUAGCUUUCAAGGUUCCGGAAACUUCAAGGCGGAGAGAGCGGGAGACUCUUUCAUCGAAAUUUGAGUUACGAGCGCGUGAAGUCGCCUCAUUAGCUAAAAAGCCCGUUAUGCUGACUGUGGCGCUCAUAAAUAUUACAUAAUUUUAUUUACCCCACCGUUAGCCAACUUCACAUGUUUGUUUGCACACAAGUUCCCCUUUAUCAUUAAAACCAAACUCCACAGCGUCUGGUAAUUAGCCUCACAUGCUAACAAGCAAAACAAACGUUACUGAUCGGUGGUUUUCCAGCUGCACUGAUGUCCCUUUAACAGACUGCUGCUGUCCUCAGAGCGAGGCCGGACCCUCCCUGUUUCACUUAAUAAUGCUGUGGCAUCACUAUUUGAUUACACAGGCCUGAAGCCGGCUCUGCUUAUUCAGCUCGUCUGUCUCUGCCAACCUCAACUCAAGUCUGAAUUCAAUAUCAGCAGCUGCUGUUUGCUCCCCUUUAAUGUCUGAUAUCUUUCUGCCGGACAGAUUACGUCAUAUAGAGGUAUCGAUUUCACAAAACUAAGUUACUCCUACAUUUAUGACAACAUUUGCUUACCAGGACCUCCGUCUGAACUAGCCAAACAGGACCCUUUAAAGACAGAGAGUGACCUUUCGGAUGAAUCGUGCUGUGUUUGACCUCUAAAGCAGAAUAUUUCACUUGAAGAGUUUUUCAACAACCUUAAAAAUUCGUCUUUUUCACUAAACCAUCCUGUGUUGAACCUUGAAUUACAGAUCCUCCAGUCUGUGUCUGAAUGAUAUUUCUCAUCUUCCUCACUAAAUUAUUUGGCAUUGGUUCAUUUUAAUCUUAUUAAAAAUCAGGAAAAAAGUAAAAGGAAAUGAAAAUUCUUGCGUUCAAAACAGACAGGAGACAAAUCAGCCAGAUAAUACAAGUACUUCUAAAGCAUCAUACCAUCAAACAUAAGAUAAUAUAAAAUAUAUAUAUUUUUUAUAUGGAUGAAAUUUGUUUAGGAAAUUCUUGGCUAAAACAGAGAGAAUUUAUUUUAGAAUUGCAUCUAAAAAGUUUAAUUUAUUUUAUUUGAAUCAAGUUAGAUUGAUUUGAAAGCACUUUUAUUGAACUAUUUCUGUUUUCUUUAUCAGGGAGAGAUACCCUUGGCAUAGUUAAAAAAGUUAGAAUAGUUGAAAAGUUGGAAUAUUUCAGUGUCCUCCAUCAUUAUUGUAGGAAAUUGAAAAUGUAAUACGUGUAUAUUGAAGAGUAAUAACAUAUAAACUAAAAAGUUUAAAUAAUUUUAAUCGAAGCACUAGGUCAGCACUUCUUUCUUCCAUCUGCUAACAAGCUUUGUGGAAAUGCUGAUUUCCUAUCCCAGUGGGAUUUUGCAUCUGCCCACAGCGCCAAAACUCCUACCCGAGCAUCAUCAAAAUUCAGAUUUAAAAAAGGCUUGAAAUUUUUUAUUGUACAUGUAAUGAAGAUAUGAAAGUAUAUGGAGCAUAACUUUUUAAAUAAAGUACCAAAAUUGAACUUUUUUACUCUAAUUGCUGCAUUUAAAAUGAUGAGAGCUCAGCGAAGUGCCUCACAAACAGCUACAAACAAAAAUUGUAGACAGACAAACUGAAGUGGAUCGUGCUUAUUAAAGGUAAAUAUAUAAAAAAAAUGAAUAAUGCAGACAGAAAAACUUUUCCACAAGUCACCAAAGAUGUUGGACUGUAGACAGAGCAGGAAACUAGGAAAGGGAACAGGGAACAACACAGGCCAGAACCAAACCUGGUUCACACAUGAUUCACCCGCUAAGCCAAACAAACGCCCCAAAAAGUAGAAAAGGUCGAUCAGAGGACUGGGGAACAGCUUUGGGUUGACGUAUUUUACUCUCUGAAGGUGAAACCAGCUUGUUUCGAGGCAUUAAAGCUUCUGUAAGGAGUUUUAAAUAGGCUACAUAAUGGGCUGAAAUGAACAGUAAUGCAACUCUAUGAUGUACAAAAGCUAAUGAGGCCAAUGGGUGACAAUGUCGAUACUAUCAUUUUUAAUGCCUUCAAGAGCUGUGAGGGAAAACUUAAAAAAACAGCUGUCGUUUCUUUACCCACAGCAAAAUAUCCAAGAUGGGUCAUUUAUCUAAUUGUAAAAAGACUUUCAGACAAAAUCAUCAAUAAUAGGAGUUACCAUUUUGUCCACAGGGGGCGCCAAAGUCAACAGAAACUGAAAGUUUCACAGCACCUUUAAAAACUUAAACUUGGACUGAAAAAGUGAAACAUAUGAAACUCCACAUGAAAAAAAAGACUGAGUUUCAAGGCGAUAAUAGGUUUAUUCCACAGCAGCAAAACUUGCCGGAGUUUUGGAGUCCCCUGCUGAUCAGCAUUCGGUGUUUAAAGAUGCCAGUGAAGAUAACUUCUCAAACUUUAAUCACCUUAACUUUGCUUUAACACACAGUCUUUUACACAACAGCUGUUAUGAAGGAGCCCUGAGCCAGAACCACGCUGCAUUAGAUUAUUAUUCUAGAUUACAGCAGCCGCUUUUAUUCCUCUCCUGCUGUUCCUGUGCUCCAGGUUAUUUAUGCUCAUCUGAAAACCUCAAUAACAAUUUCCAGUCUUUGUAAGCAAGGACUCAAUCUCUUUCAUCUUAGAUUUUUCUUCAGGCUGCUUUGUAAGUCUAUUUUUCCUGCAAAUCAUGUCGCAGUGCCUGAGCAAAUACUUUUUACAUAUUGUUUUUUUUUACCCUCGCAGAGAACAGUGUCUUCUUUUUCAUUGGCUCAGGGGAUUUUUGUCAGCUGUGAGCAAGCGAGCUGGAACUUUUUACAGCGUUACAGACGGUGGAUUUCUAAACAAGGAGCGGUGUCAGGUGAAGGCUGAGCAGAGAUGGAGCUUUUGUUUCUCAGCUUGUGUUUGGGGGCGAAAGGGUUAGAGGAGGAAAGGGGGUACGUUAUGGAGGGAUUAGGAUGGAUCAAUCCAGAAGAUGCAGAUUGAAGGGGGGAACGUCAGCGCUUCAAAAGAGAGAUGACAUGAUAAUAUUGUUCAGCCGUUAUCCCCACAGACACUCGGCUCCCACAGCCACCAACAUCCUCAGAGGGGUAACCCUGCUGAUGCCUCAGGGCUCGGCUGACACAGAUCAGAGAGGGGAGCGAAGGGGGGGAUGACGGGGAUAAAGAGAUGUGGGGGGAGGUGGGAGGGGAGCGGGGGUUCAGAGGAAUGGGAGCGAAGACUUGGGAUGAGGGCGCGAGGGUGAGAAAUCAUUUUCUGGGCGAUUAGGGGAUGAGAGGGAGAGGUCGAUGGAUGGUGAGGGGUGAGAGGUGGAGAGAGGGAUCAGCUGGAUGAAAGAGGCAGAGAGAGGAGAGGUGGGAUGAGGAGGGGCCGGAGCCGGAGUGAGGAAUAAGGCCAGUAAGAGAGAGGGAGGAGGGGGAUUUAGUCGGUCAGGGCAUUGAUCUACACGCCCCGGGGUCGAGCGCGGGGUGAAACGGCUCUCAAACAGGCCGCUGCAGAGCUGACACACAUACUGCUGCUCUUUAGAGGCUCAGGCUGAGCUGAACUGGAUUAGACAUGAGGACUCUCCAGCAUGGGAGACUUGUUAUUAUUCAAUAUUUCACUAAACCAGAAGUUUGAUAAGGAAUAUAAUUAAAUACCAAAUAUACAGAGAUGUCAAUUCCAGAUUCUCUAAAUACAGAAAUGCACAUGAGCCCUUCCGUGUUUAUUCGGCGCUGCUGUAGAAACAUGGAGGUGCCAGUAGGUGGCCUCAAGCACGAAAACAGCUCACAUAUUAUAUAUUUUUUAGUCCCGCCUCCUUUGCCUCUGAUUGGCUAGAAAAGCUGGUAACGUCAUCACACGCUCAAGCCAAACGCGGGCUGUCGGCUCUGUACAUCGAACAGAACAUUAUCGCACUUCUGAAUCUCCUAAUCCCAACCCUAACCCGACAGACAAUGACGUUUCACAGCCAUUAGGAAUAACCAAUCGGAGUCCAGCACUUCUAGCCAAUCAGAGGUGAAGGAGGGCAGGAUCUUCCCUACCAUUCUACAAAAAUAAAAUCACAACCGGGGCUGCACUACGCUGCUGCUACGCUCCAAAUACACAUCCUGUAUGCGAUACUGAGUGCUGCUCUAUAGAGAAAAUACAGAACGCGCUCAAUACUGAUCCUGUAUGUUUUUCGGCUUUAGUCUAAGUUCGCAAAAUGAGAUUGAUUUUUAACUUUUGUUUUUUGGUGGAUUUGUUUGCCGAUGAUGAUCCUAAACUUUUACAGUAGUGUAUUUCAUUUUCAUUCACAAACCACAGAGAAGGAGAGGAGGAAAGGAAAAAACUUGCAAGACAUGCAAAAAACUACUACUGAUAUAGAUUGUUCUUUUACCGUUUCUAAAAGGUCUUAAAAAUGCUGGAAUCUGAUCCGAACUAGUGGGCAGAAACCUGUCCGACUGUAAGCCUCCUCAUUAAAUUAUACAUCAUUUGUCAGCAGCAGCAGCAUCUGAAUCUCUGGCUUCAGUUCAAAUAGAUCAGUGAAAUCUGCUCCUAUAAAGCUGAUGUUUUAUGUUGUUUGGAUAUGAGCUCAUUUCAUUGUGAUUGAAUGUGCUCUAUAAAUAAAAAAAAAAAAAACUAAUUCAAUUAAAAUCCAGCGCGGAAUCACUUUUUUUUUAAGGUAAAUCUACGUCAAAUAGAAAUCACAUAAAUGUGUAUCUGCAGCUCAGUCCAACACGACAACAGACUUUGAGAAUCGGCACGAGAGGAUAUCGUUUAUGCUGAGUCAUGAUUCAGAAUUUGAAUGAAGUCUAUAUUUCUAAACGGGACACAAGCAGCAGAGUUUUCAUAUCUGCACUCCUCUAUAUAAGCUGCUGAGCACUCGGAGCACGCUGCCCUGAAUAAAACCAUGCCCUCUUUCUCUCCUCCUCCUUCAGCGGGAGCAGCGGGGGGAGCGGCAGCAGGGAGAACAGCGGCAGCAGCGGUAUUGGCAUUCCCAUCGCCGUGCCUACACCCUCCAUCCCCAACUCUGGACCAGGUGAGCUCUCCCGGCCGUAUUCAGAGACAGUUACCCGUUUCUCCUCGCUCAUAAUAAAUGAAGGAAGAAUCGUGUGGAAGCAGCUUCAGGCGGUUUUUGAAAUCAGAAUUAAAAAACUGCUUUAAAGAGCCGCUGACCCACCAAAGACUGUCAUUAGUGCGAGUUUCAAAGAGUUUUCUUCUCUCUUCUGUGCUUCAAACACUGGUUUAUAAAAAAGUCUCUGUUCUGAGGAGAGCACCGGGUUAUAACAAAGAAGAAAACACGCUUUCUGUGUUCAAAAGGUCUCCGAUUUCACACUCCAAAGCACUGAAAAGUCAGUCAAAUAAACUGUAUAUAUAUAUAAAUAUGUAUGAUAAUCAUAGACAUUACUUGUCAUGGUGUAAAUGUAACAUGCUAUUUGCACACAGUGAAGACUCUGCUACACAAAGCCUACUGUAUGUUUACCAGACGGGGAUUAUGGCGGCCCAUUGUGUUCCAAGCACAGCUGAUUCUCUUUCCAACUGAGUAAAUAGGCCAAGCUGUGCAAAGACCUGCUGCUUUACAGUAGAGCAGUAAAACACACACACAUGCUACACACACACACACACACACACCUCGCUGCGUUUACAGUCAACAUACGCCGCACAUACAUUCUGUUUGACUUUGGCGAAUAGUUUGAUCUGGAGGAGAAACAUCGAAGGUUUAUGUAGCAGCUUUUUUACCUCGGCGCAGGGAUCAAACCAGCAGCGCACAACUAACCACAGCUCUCCUCCUGCAAGCCGGUCGCCAUGGAAACACUCAAUUCAUACCACAAAGAAGUGUGUCCAAGUGUGUGUGUGUGUGUGUGUGCGCGGAGCGGAGCAGCGCCUUGACAAAGUCGAAGUGCUCCUCCGGGCCCAAAAGGGUUCUUGAGUGAAGUGAAGUGAUGUGAUGUUAUGUAACAGAGAGAGGAGGUGCAGUGAGCCUCACUAAUGGAAGUACUCCUUUCAGUCCCACCCAUGUCUGCUCCCCCUGGAGCUCCUCCACCUCCCCCACCCCCUCCUCCUCCUCCUCCCAUGGCUGGGUUCGGGCCCCCAGCACCACCUCCUCCUCCUCCAAUGGCUGGGUUUGGGCCCCCAGCACCACCAGCGCCUCCUCCACCACCACCACUGCCAGGCAUAGGUGAGACUCCUGGACUCCCGAGGCCUCCGCUGGUGGGACCGUCGAUAAUCAAGAUGAUCGGCUGUGAUCUUCUCUUGAUGGAGGCGCAUAAAAUAAGGGGGUGAUCGGGUGACUGUUUGUACACACUGUGAGCAAGAUUGCAAAACAAACAGGCUGCAAAUCCAGAAUUCUGGAGAAAUACUCAAAGACAGGUAGUUAUGGAAAUGACCAAAAGAGUUCCCCUCAAACUUUCUGUGGUGUCACAGUUUGAAACUCUGGAAGUUUAGGUAUCCUUCAUUUUCUCCAGAGUUGAUUUUCCUUUAAUGAAAAUAUAAUUUAGGGACAGGGACUGACCUGCUGAUCAUCUUGCUCGCAUUGAGAACAGACAGUAAAUGUGAUUGUGUUGGGAGACGUCAGUUCACAGUCAGUGUGGGAAAGUAACAUUUUCUCCGUCCUUACCGGUGGUGGUGAUGGUGCUUCUUUAUUUCUAACUGAUUAGUUAUAAUUGGUUAUAAAAGAAGUCUCAGAUCUCCUAAGGCCUGCAAGAAAGUGAAUUUCUGCCUGCAGUGCAUCCAAAAUAGUUGAUUUAAUUUUGUACCUCCACCUGCUGCACAACUAGAAAAACGACCAAACCUGCAGCUGAAAUGAUCGUGGGUGAAAUCCAUUUUCAAAAAUAUGAAAAAUAAUCCGCCUUAAAGACUUUGAGACUCCUUUUUUUUACAGGUAAGUUUGUAUUUAAUGACUUUUUAACUGGAAAGUGUUUUUGUUCAAAGCUACAUCAGGCAAAAUCAAAAACCUGGACUGGGAUUUGAAGGAGGCGGUUUGGUUUUUCUGAUAGUUUAGCUUAGCCUGGCAAAUAGUGUCUUUAUGCAUAACACAGUUUUCUUAUGUUUACGACUAAAUAAAGGGCGAUCUUUUCAAUAUUUGCACCCAGUAACUCAGAAAUGUCAAAAUAGAGAAUAAAAAGGAAUAUAGAGAAUAUAAACUGAAGAUAUUUGAUCAUUUGAAAUAAAAACUUCUCAAAAUUGAACUCCUUGAAAUAAAUAGAAUGAUAAGAACAACUCAUGACAGAUUUAUUCGUUGUGUCAGUUUUAAAGUGUGAUUUAUGCUCCGUAUGUUACAAUUAAGGAGGCGAGAAUUAUGACCAAUACUGCAGGCAGCCACCAGAGGGAGCUUUAAAUGUUUUAGUUUCACUUUCAGAGAGUCUGGUUAUCGUGCAUCUUCUUAUACAGCUAGGGUGACCAUAUUCUGAAUCCAGGAAUACGGUCUGGUUGAGUUUUUUUUACACGCUUCUAAAAAACAAAACCCCGGACAUUUGACAGAUUUUAUAAACUCCCCCGGACAAGGAAGAACAGCCCUCAAAAAAGAAGACAUGUCCCGGUAAAAGAGGACGUAUGGUCACCCUAAUGCAGCCCCUGAUCUCUACAUAAAAAUGGUCAGGUAGUACCGGAGAAGUUAUGAGUUUUAAAAAAACAGCUCAUUUAUUUCCUCUCUGUGAUACAGAAACCCUCUCUCUGCAUAUUUAUCUGUCAUUCGAUUCCUGAAUUUGAAAACAUUGAGCCAACACUUCAUUACGAGACAUCCUGCCUCACAGCUGACAUCGAUUACUGUCGUAUGAUUUCCCGAUUAUGAAGUCCAAACAUCCAAUUUUGCCUGGUGUAACUUUGAUUAACACGGGGUAUUGACUCUGAGUCACUGAUUGAUACAGGCUGUGAAAAGAUACCAGCUGCUACUACUGUGUGUGUGUGUGUGUGUGUGUGUGUGUGUGUGUGUGUGUGUGUGUGUUUGUACAGUAGCUGCUAAUAUCUGAUUGACUUGAAACACGCUGCAGAUUUCCAGCUGUAGUUACUUCUCCCGUUUUUGAAAAUACGGAGAAGUUUCUUUGCUCCCGUGUUCCUCUGAAGAUUAACUUCCUCUGGUUCCACCCAUCCCUAUCUGAGAGAGCACGUCCCCUCCUCAGAGACGGAGUAUUAUCUCAAAAUGAGAACAGGAAAUUCUCUCUUUAACCUCUCCCUCUCUUUAUUUUUGCCUCUAAAGACACACCUACACGUACUGCAUUUGCAAAACCCCUUUUUUUUGUUCGACGCUGCCUUUCAAGGAUUGCCACGUGAAAAAAAAAAAAAGACACAUCUAAUCCAAUUUUUCAAAGAUGUGUGAAGAAGAUAUCCCCGCUGCCAGUUCAGCUGAAACCUGAAGGAUGCUGCUGUCCUCUCUUUACCCGCUAAAUCCUCUCCUGCAGUUCUGCUGCAUCUCUCAGGUUCAGGGUUAUUCAGACCAACGUUUGGGUCUCCUGUGUUUUAUUUCACCUCGAUAAAAUCAUCAAUUAACAAUCUGCAUUGCUUCCCCAGCUCACCUGCUUCCCCUGAUUGGUUAUUGAUCAUGUUUCCAUUAGGGUGUGGUGCUCUAAUCCAAACCUAAAGGCUCUGCUCUUUCACCAUCUUGAUGAUUCAUGUUUUGGGUGCUUCUCCAUCUCUUUCUCUCCUCUGUCUAACCUCACUUUCUCUCUUUGGUUCUUCCUCCCUUCCCUCUCUUUCUUUGGGUGCUUCUAGUGGUUGCUCCCGGGCCUGGUCUGGGCCCCGCUCCAAUGUCCCAGUUUGGAACCAUCUCGCGGCAGAUUUCGCGGCACAACCCCUCCAACUCCUCUGUCUCUAUGGUUUCGGCCACGGGCACCUACCGCCGGGCGCCGUCGGUCACUUCCCAGUUCUCCUUGCAGCAGCAGCAGCAGCUUCAGCUUCAGCAGCAGCAGCAGCAACAACAUCAACAACAACAGCAGCAGCAGCAGCAGCCUCAUAUUAACGGAGGCACUCCAGGCUACGGCCAGAACUCAAGUAAGGCGCUUCUGUCUCCGAUCCAAGCCUGUUUUUAAGAUCACCGAGGCACUGAGCUUCACGUUUUUUUCCAAAUCAUGCACUGUCACAAACUAAAGCCGGCUAACCUUUGCAGCCAAAAGUGAGUCACUGCUUUCUGAAGGUCAGACUCGCACUCUUGUUAGAAUUAUUGACUCACCUUUGAGUCUGGAAGUGCGGGUUAAGGCUUUUUAUUGAACCGUGGGAUGUCUUCAGUAUCGAUGCAGAAUGUCUCAUUCUUGUGUCCUACAGCAGAAACAAUGCGGUCAAUCGAUCACUGCUGUAGACUCAGUUUCUGGCCUCUUGUAAGAGUGACCGGUGAAUAUAUUUCUCUGUAGAUCACGUGGGCUUUGAGAAAUAACAUCAUCAUCGCAAAGUAAAACCGCUGAUCCAGUUUGUCGUCUUCACCUGUGCUUUGAAACUCCUGUUUAUCAUCAGAUUAUAGCGUCUUCUAUCAUUGGCAGGCCCCUGAAAUAGUCUCUUCAUGGCAGACUUUAAAGGGAUAUUCCGGUGUAAAAUUACACACACCGUAACACAGAGUUAGAAACCCCUUCAAGAGCCGAAUGUUGCCGACCACUUGUUUCUCUAGUUAUACCAACUUUAGUAACGACCGCACAAUAGCAAUACACAGCGGUCUACGUCUCAGCCAAAACGCCACUCUAUAGCCACAAAUAAUGCUCAGAACAGCACCUAACUUCGUCAACAGGACAUAUAGAGUCCUAGCCAUAGUACUAGACACCAAACAUCUUUUUAACUUUGCCAAAUUUCUUAAGCAAAGAGACGAAACACAACUCACCUACUCUCUUCCAGCAGCCGCUUAUUUGUAGCGAGACCUCAGGCCAGUCCAUUACGGACUGCUGCGGGGGGACGCAGCUCAAGGAAGAACAUUUUUGAUCAUUACUUCAAGGAAAUGAUAAAAUAAUGAUCAUAAAUGUUCUUACUUGAGCUGUGUCACCCCGCUGUAGUCCGUAAUGGACUGGCCUAAGGUCUCGCUAAAAACAAGUGGCUGCUGGAAGAGAGUAGUUGAGUUGUGUUUGGUGUCUUUACUAAAGAAAUGAGUCAAAAUUAAAAAGAUGUUUGGUGGCUAGGACCCUAUAUGUCCUGUUGAUGAAGUUAGGUGCUGUUCUGAGCAUUAUUUGUGGCUAUAGAGUGGCGUUUUGGUUGACCGCGUGGCUCUGUGUAUUGCUAUCGUGCGGUCAUAACUCAAGUUGGUAUAACUAGAGAAGCAAGCAGUCGGCAACAUUCAUCUCUCGAGGGGGUGUCUAACUCGGUGUUACGAUGUGUUUGACCCUAAAUUAAUUUUACACUGGAAUAUCCCUUUAAGAUCAGCCAAAACCACAUUGUUGUCCAAAAUAAUCAAUAUGUCGUCUUGGGAUUCACACUCCCAAUAUGUAAGCCCCUUCAGAAACGAAAGAGCUAACACUUGAAAUCAAGAUGAGGGUUAACACAGAGCUCUUUAAAAUCCAAGUUUCAAAGCGUUUGCUGAAAGCAGCAAAAUAAAGCAGACAGCUCUUUGAGAUUGAGGAGUUCUUUGAGCAAGAAGAUAUCAAAACAGCGAAGGCAGAAUAUAGCGAACAUCUUUUUUUCAGAUUUACACAGUUUGAAGAAAAAAAGCUGAAAUAAAUAAAGACUGGGCUCUUGUUUUUCCACUCCUGAUCUGAUCCGAUUUAGAAAAAUCACCAUCAGUCAGUCGAGGAAAGAGUCUGUUUCUCUCUCACUUGUGACUGAAGACUUCACUGAUAUAGAAGCUGAAGUGGGUGGAUUUCCACCCCUCCUGAAGAAUGCAGUCACACUGUAUGGGUUUCAUUUACGCCUGCUUUAGAUCAGAUCCCAAUGUGGGCCAGAUGUAGACCAUCACAUACCGAUCACAAUGUGCUCCGCAGGCUUUCUGAAGGCGGUAACAUUAUGGACGGACAGAUGUGUUAACAGGUGUUGGAGCGGCUCUUGAGUUUUACUCGCUAAAGCGCUGAGUUUAAAACGUCCUCUCGGUGCUUAUCAGCGAAAAUGUUCGAGUCUAUUGAUUAAUCGGUGACUGGAGGAUAUAAAGGCUUAAAGCAGACAUGCAUGUAUAAUUUUCUAAGUCCGUAUGUCAUUAACCUCAAAUGACCAAGGUUGUUUUCUUGAGACAUUUCAGGGUCGCUGAGAUGUAAACACAAUCAGUAGAAAACAGCUGUUUUUGUUGCAUUUUCUUCACCUGAAAAUGCAAACUUUUUAUCCGCACACUGAUAUUUAGCUUCUGCAGCUAAGCCUGACAAAAGCAGCACAUCAACCCAGAGCACUCAGUCCAUCUCCACACCAGAGUGAAGCUGGUUCUGCAUGCCUGCCUUGGAUUUGGUUUUGAAGUACAUGAACAUUCAAGUCAAACAGCGCCUCCCUGUGGUCAUCAGCAGUACUGCUCUGUCCAAAGAAGAGGAAACCGUCCGAUUGACAGAAAUCAGACAUAAUCCGCCUGUUUAUCCUCUCAGCCUCAGUGAUCCUCUGAUACCAUGUGAAAUCUCCUCACAAUCACAGACGUCACUCUUUAACUUCCAGCUUCACAGAGUGUGUGUUUGUGGAGACGCUGCAGCUACAGACAGUAGAAUGAAUUAAUCUGUUGAAUAUUGAUCACUUUGAUUAAAUCUAAUAUGACAUUUCUUUGGUAUUAAAGCCAACAGAUUAAUUUAUUGGACUAAGCUUUCCUCUCUGUCCUGUUAGAUUUCUACAAGCUCAUCACAGUUCCUGUCUGUGUCAGUCUGGUGUUUGCUUGUUGUUGUACAUUCUUGGUGACUGAUGGGCUUUCUCCUUUCUCUUUUUUUCUCUCCUUCUUUCUCCUGUCUCGUCUUCCUUCUGCCGGCUUUCAGUGUCUAUCGCUCCUCCUCCUCCUCCCAUGCCACAGCUGACUCCACAGAUACCUCUGACUGGCUUUGUGGCCAGGAUGCAGGAGAGCAGUAAGUGACGAGGCCUAAAGACAUACUUCGCCCUUUUAGUCUGUGCCGACCAUUACCCUUCUCAACAACUCCCAGCAUGCAUUGUGCUUGCUCAUCAUCCUUACUGUCCUGUCUGUGAAGAUCAACUUCUUGCAACACUAAAUUAUCUGAAUAUGUGUCCGACUAAUGCUGGUUUUAAAGCACCUUAACAGGCUUUUGAAGACAGAUUUGUUGAAUUGUGGAUGAAAUUAAACAUCAUUUUGUUGUUACUAGAAAAAAUAAUCACUCAACAACAUUUUUGUCAUAUUUAUUGAUACUUUGAAAAAAUCUAUUAGUCAUCUAUUAGUCACCAACUCAGUUACAGAAACUUCUUAUGAAACGGAAAAAUACCAUCUUUUUAAAAUAAUUCUGAUUUAGAUGUUUCUUACGGAAUCCUGAACACUUUAAAUUGGUGAGGAAAUUUCUAAAUGUGGGUAAAGUAUCUUAGAGCAGGAGCAGAACAGCUGUAAAAACGAGCGAGUUAGCCGGAUAACGGGUGGCAACCAGUGUGAAAAACCACUAAUACCCAAACUUUGAACCAUAAAGUUAGACGAUUUACCAAACAGUCAUAUUAAGUACAAAGUUAACAUUUUUGUAAAAGUGCAUCAAAAGUACAGACGUUGUAGAUAUCAGUGCUUUAAGAUGAUGGAUUACAGGGUGAGUUAAAAAGUGGGUUUGAUGUCAGAAUUUUGUACAUUUUUCUAUGAAGACUUUCAAGAUUUAUUAUCAGGAUUUGGUUAUAUCUAAAAACAAUUACAAACCUGAGAAUUCUGACCUUUUUCCCAGAAUCCAAAAGUUAAAAAAAGUCUGAAUUCUGACAAAAAGUAGAAUUCAUUCAGAAUUUUGUGAUUAAGGCUGAAUUCCUUCUGUUUUCUUAUUAGAAAUCUUGGUUUAAAGUCAGGAUUUUAUCUUUUUUUCCCCUCAUAAUUCUGUUUUUAAAUCCAGAUUUCUGACUCUGACCCCUGAAUUUUGACAGGUAGAUGUAAGACUGUAAAAUCUAGCCCAACUUUUACAACUGCUAUAAAAUAUAAGACAUAGUGAUGAGUCAUAUCUCUCCCUCAGCUCGACCUCCAUCAGCGGUUUGCCGCCCAAACAUGCAGCACCUUUGUAUUUUCUGUAAACUUGAAGGGUAAUAUUUGAUAGUGUUUAUGGGUGUAUGUUUAUGUAUGAGCGUCCAGAGAAGUUUGGAAACCACUGGGGUACAAAACAGGUCUGGAGAAGGUUGUUCUCUCUGUCGCCCUCUGCUGUUCAAAAUUCUGCAGCACAUCAAAAAUAUCAACUACUUCUUUAAAACUGACUUCACCUCUAGACUGGAUUCAUUUUUAAGUAUCUGCAUAAACGAAUUCAGUCAGAGACGUUUUAUAAUGUUUGAAAAAUGUAAAUCAAAACACCCAGUCUGCUGACGUGUUUCUAGAUAUUACCUUUUUAGUGUAUGCUUUUGUGCAAACCUGCUUAAUUAGCGUGACUCAGCAUGAAAGACGAUCAUUGAAAUGUUGAUAAAUUCUGCGCCGUUUCUCCUCUUUUUAUAUGUGCAUGUCUGAGUAUCUGCAGAGCCACAAGAGCAGCACAAACACCUAAGAGGCUUAAACACUCAGAGUAUCAUCCUAUUAAGAGAUGCAUGAAAACGCUAACAGUGAUGCAGCCUGUUUUAUGUGUCUUACAUUCGCACCCCUCUGCAUGUCCUCUCACAUUUCUGCAUGAUUCAGCCGCCGUCCUCUCAGCUCUGAGCUCAUGUUGACCUUUUGAACCAGACUAAUCGUUCGUAAUUAUGACUUCCCGUGUCUUAAACAGUUGCAGAUACCCCGACUCCUCCUCCCCCGCCGCCUCCCGACGACAUGCCGAUGUUUGAUGACUCCCCUCCCCCUCCACCGCCUCCUCCAGUCGACUACGAGGAGGAGGAUGCUGCUGUUGUGCAGUACAACGACCCCUACGCUGAUGGAGACCCACAGUGGGCGCCAAAGAACUACGUGGAGAAAGGUUUGAGCAAGAAAUUACAAAGAGUAAUAACUAAAGCUGCGUUCAAGUUAGCUCAGAAGUCAGAGCUGGGAAUAACGUAACACCCGAUUUGACGGUGUUCCAGUUAACAAGUCGGACAACCAAGAUGGAUCGCUACUGUCAGCUGUUGUUAGUUGUUGUUAGCAUUACCAGUUGUUAACAAUGCAUAACACAGUAUUUUACUCUACAAACACCCUAGCACAGUGUUCACAGUUACCCCGAAUUUCCACCACAUCCGGAAUGGCUUCGAUCUGGAACUGUGGAAAUUUUUGCCGUCUCCCAAUUCCUUCCAGAUACGUUGGUGAGGCAAAUUUCGUGGUGGAUUGCGGACAACCUUUCACUAGUUUGUUUCCGCUCGUUUGCAUGGUGUGAAAUACGAUCCGCCUGAAACACGGAGUGUUUUAUUUUGAAAGAAACCAGAUGUUUUAUUUUGUGUCUGUGCCCGACUUCCUCUCCAGCACGGGUUAAUCUUUGCUGAAUUUAUCCGGCAUGCUCUGGCAUCCAGGAAAAAUAGAACUCUUGCAAUCGGAGUCCUGCAAUCUGCCGUGGAACGGAAAGAAGCCGGUGGAGAUUGACACAUCAACUUGAAUGGUUACGAUUAGCUGCGAUCGGCGGAUACGGCUUUUUCGGAGCCGCUCCGGAUGCGGUGGUAUUUUGGAGUUAGUCGUUGGGCAGUACAACAAUUACCACUUAUUUAGUUUCACAAAAACAAAAAUGCUAAUAAAUAAUACAGCACAAGAGCUUUCACUGUUACUCUUUACUGGUGAUGCACUGCGCUGCCAUCUUGGAUUAUGACGUCGGGGUUGGCGAGGAUCGUCUGACUUUCCGAGUUGGAAGUCCGACUUCAGGGGGGCCUUCCAGAUGAAUUUCUGACUCGGAGCUCGGAAAUCCCGACUUCUGAGUACAACUGGAAAGCAGCAUCAGGGUCAUGCAUAGUCAGGUAGAAUGGGGGUGUGGCUUGUUUGAUUGACAGGUGAAGAGGUAGCUGUUUUGAUGUGGCUAGGUCAUCCAUCAGAUAUUUGCGAUUCACCGAACAAACUCUCUUCCUCUUUCCAGUGGUGGCCAUCUACGACUACAGUAAAGACAAAGACGACGAGUUGUCUUUCAUGGAGGGCGCCAUCAUUUACGUCAUCAAGAAGAACGACGACGGCUGGUUCGAGGGCGUCUGCAACGGCGUCACCGGCCUGUUCCCUGGAAACUACGUGGAAUCCAUCAUGCACUACGCCGACUGAAGGGCCCUGACAGCAAGAGCACGGUCUAUUUAUUCAGUCAUAUCAUAACCCAAUGACAGACUGACUGCAGCCAUCUCCACUCAGACGUAACCGUAUGAUCCCCGUUUUUUGAUAUGACAGAAUGUUCUCUCCCUUACUGAUUGCAAAUAAAAAUGAAAGUAAUAUCUAUUUAGUUUAUUUUGGUGUUAUAUGGGCGGGUUGGGGGACAUGUAUGGAAUAUGUAAAAAAUAUAAAGUUUCUAAGGAUUCAGACUGCACGUGCUCACAGCGGUCGAACACAGCUGAAGGACUUUAACUCACCUGGAACGAAGAUAUAUACGAACAAGAGUUUGAGGUGAAACGGAACAAAUAAAAGUCAUGUAAGCACCUGUUUGAUUGACAGUUGUAAAUACCGUGAGCUGCAGAAACUCGGGUUUAUGUAAUGUGAAUUCAGUGAAUGUUGAUUAUAUGAUAGUUUUAUUAGUGGUGCCCUCCUCGACUCCAUCAGAAAAACAAAAAACGCAGGUGGUCCGUCGAGGAUUUACAAAUUUCAAAUACUGUGUAAUGUAUCUCAAAGACAGUUACUCCUGAAAUCAGUCUUGGCGUCAAAGCAUGCACAACUUUUGAGAGUUAUAAUGUAAUCUUAAGUUUAUUGCCAUUAUGCUUCCAUUUUGUUUGUAAAUGUAUUCACGUAUAUUUUUUAAAUUUUUUUUGACGACACUGUUGAAAUCACUGAACUGUAAGACUCUGAAGUGAAUCGCCCAUCCUCGAAAUGAAACGGAGUUUUAUUUUUCACUCGCUCUGAUCUGUUCGAAACGAGAAAACACAUUCCAGUUUAUCUUAUGUCACGUCACUGUUAUUAACUUUAUUCUAACCCUCAUCAAACCCGACAGGAUCUCUUAGUAAUACUGGCGAUAACAGGCUCUGACUUACAGCGGUGAUGUUUCGUAAAGGAGUCGUCGUGCCUGACACUGCCAUGAAGUAACGAUUCAGAUGUAGACCAACAAACAACUCGAUACCUCCUCAGUCUUCAGCGAGCGUCAACAACCUGCUCUGGGUUUCAGGACAUGAAGUCCUCUGGGCUGCACAGGUGUACAUAUUUUAUCCCGGGUAACAUCAGCCAAUCAUCUUUUAUCAGGUCUCACUCAGGUCUGGGGGAUCAUCUUAGUGUUUUUCAGUUGGCCCUUAAACAUGCGUCUAAUUUUGACUUCUACUUCAGGACUCUGCAGCUAAUGCCUUGAUAAUUUGCCCGUUUUUUCGAUUUCAAAAGUGUUCCAGCUCGCUCUCUCUCUCUCUCUCUCUCUCUCAUGGGUAGAAAUACUGAAAUCUGUCCCUGUCUGCUCUUCAUUUGUACAUAUAAUAUGUUGAUUGAAAGAUUAAUGUACAGUCUUUUUAUAAUAAACAAUUCUAUGUACAACA